CGCGUGCCUGUACAACGGUCUCAUCCCAUCUCCUUCUCCUCACAACGGUGGUUGCCGUGGCACCGGGCGGAGGGACGGAGACGGGGGCCGACAGUGGACAUAUUGAGAGAUACCCGUUCUGUGAGACGGGGGGAGAGCUACGUUUCUUGCGGGCAUGAAGGACCGUCUGACUGAGCUGUCAGCGGUAAGUUUCAUCUCCUUCUUAAUCAAACAAGUUAACGGUUCCUGAGGUUUCGCUCCCAUUAACUCCAUGUGUGCCGGCGGGCUGGCUGGCUGCAGGGCCUGUGUGUGUGUGUGUGUGUGUGUGUGUGAGAUGUUUAUUGGGUGUGACUGACCCCCUGGGUGAUACUGUAUUAACUCCAAUACUCCCAUACACGGUGUGUCUGUAGAAACUGAUCUCUUAUUUAUUUGUUUGUUUAGUAGUGAAUUAUUUCUGUGUCCAAUUUAUUUUAAUGCACAUUAUAAUGUCAUGGGGUGCGGGUUUGCAAAAUACCUCAUGUAGAUAAUUAUCUCCUGUCUUUCUCCAGUUACUUAUAACUCAUUACAUAUUUUCCAUCCUUUUCUAAUCUUUUCCUUCCUAUUUCAUAUAUAUAUUUAAUAUGAUCAUUGCAUUAUACUGUCAGGAGUGUUAUUUAUAUUGUAAUGGAGUGUGUGUGUGUGUGUGUGUGUGUAUAUAUAUAUAUAUUAAAAAAAAAAAAAAAAAAAAAAUGUCUCCACAUAGGUCUUUCCCAUACCGAACCAUGGGGCUCUUUGCACACUACUCAGUAAGCUAAAACACCUUCGAGAAAAGUGCCAACAGGAGGCAUUUUGCAAUUGUUGUGGAGCUGUACUUAUUGGUGGCUUUUUUUUUUUUCCUUUAAUUUCUUUUUUCAUCACUCUUUCUUUCUGUUACUUGUAUUGAUAGGAACACCAUAUGCACUGUUUCAUUGGAAUGCAUGUCCUUGGAAUAUCUCAGGGGCUCUAUGAUCAGCUUUUUACAUUUUUUUUUUUUCCUCCUUUUUAAAAUAAUUUGCUGUGGGCCAUACUUAAUCAUCAAUCUUGUCUCUGAGCAAAAGUUGCAUCUUUUCCGUAAUCUCUUUGUUUUAAAGCUGUCUUUUUCCGUAAUCUGUCUUUGACUUUGAAACAAAUCUGUAUUCCUAGCACUACACAUCCCCUUGCCCCCCCCUCUGCUACCCGGUAGAAUAAGUGUCAAAUACACUUACUGUAUUUGCCCGAUUCCAGUGCUGAUGUUCCGCCACCUCCGUCUCCCGACAGGGGCGCUAAUUUGCGUGCACCACAAGCACAUUAAGCCCAUCCCAUAGGAAUGCAUUGCUGCAAUGUUUUCCUAUGGGGAUUUGACUGUUGCGGGAUGUUCUCUUGCAGAGCAUGAGGACAUCCAGCAUCAGGUGAUUAAAAGUCGCCGAGCAAGCAGGAAGUGCCUUUAGAGGUUGUCUGACAGCCACUAUAGGCAGUGUUAACCCUGCAAUGUAAUUAUUGCGCUUUCUUAGAAACUGCAAUAAUUAGCAUUGCAGGGUUAAGGGGACAUAGACAGAGCACCCAAACCGCUUUAAUGAGAUGAAGUGGUCUGGGAUCCUAUAGUGUCCCUUUUUAAAGUGUAAAGUGAACUUUGAAGCCGCCUUUCACACCUUACAGCAGCACGAUCAUGCCGAACUUGCCUUUCUUUAAUCGCUUCCUCUUCUCCCUCCGUCAUGAUCUGUUCAUCAUUUCUUACUGUCUGCUCUAGUUUUCUUUAGUGUCUGCUCUAGUUUUCUUAUGGAGUUUUCCUACGCUUUACGAGCAGGGGAACAAAGCAUGCUCCGUUUCCUGUGGUCAGAGCAUUUUUCCCACAAGUCUCACCUAUUCCUCUGUGUUCUCGCGAUGCCUACUUUCUGUCAAGAUUGGUAUUUCGGUCAACUUUACUAAUAUGAAGUGAAAAUUAUUUGGUAUUCGUAAUUCUUCUGCCUCUACUUGCUAUCUCGUAAACAGUGAGCAGUCUGUGUAAAUAAAUAAAAUAAAAACCCUCCGCCCCCAAUAAAUGGCCUAACAUCUUAACCCCUUAAGGACGGCGGACGUGCUAUGCCAUCCUUGGGGACCCGGCAUAGCAUGUUGGCAGUACAUCACUCCCUCCCUUUUUAUAUUUUUGCAGUAGUAUUUCUUUGAUGUUUUAUUGGGACGUACUGAGGAUCCGUGGCAGGUUGGUGUCUUAUACCUGUUGAGGGAGGAACCUUUGUUAAUUUUUAAUUUCAGAUGCUUGUCCCAUGGGAAGAGUACAUCACUAUUGUGCUGCCACCAUAUAAAGGAAUUUGCGGUGAUUAAAAUUGCAGUUAUUGCAUCUCUAUGAGGAGAUUCUGAUUGAUGCAGCGGGGUAUUUGCUGCGCAUGUGCAAUAUCCUCCCACUGCUUAUCCAUAGGAAAGCAUUGGAUUAGCUGAGCUUGUCAUUCUUGGUAAUCUCCGCCAUGGAGGCUGAGUUUUUACUCCUUACACUAUAGUGUUCCUUUUACUAAGCAACUAAAACAAACAAAUAAAAAAAUUAAAAAAAAAUGUUUAAAUGGAUGUUAAAUUUUCCUGAUGAAAGUCUUGUGCGACUGAAAUGUUGAUCACUUGAUAUUUUAAUUGUUUUUUUUAAUUAAACUUUGGACUUUUAAAACGUGAGUGCAGCCAUACCCUUGGAAAAUAUAUAUAUAUAUAUAUAUAUAUAUAUAUAUAUAUAUAUAUAUAUAUAUAUAUAUAUAUAUAUAUAAUUUUUUUUUAAUUUAUACCACGCCUGUGUUUUACUCAUGAUCAGGUAUGGCUGCAUUAACUGAUCUGCUAGGUCCACACUCCCAUGUGCCUGUUAUAUUGUUUAAUGCAGACUGUAAUUUGCUUGGUUUCCCCAAAACCAGGCUGAUCAUGGAUGGUGGUCAGCAUGUACACUUCCUUCUUGUCCUUAUACUUAACUGCCAGAAGUUCUUGGCGGAGAGCAGCUGAUGUUUUCCUUAUUGUGCCACAGUUUCGAAACUGUGGAGCAUUUUUAAUAGUGGGAUACUAUAACAAUUAACUAUGUACAUGUGAUACCCCUUUUUUAAUAAGUGGUUCAUAAAGUCCAUACAAUUUUCCUACUUGUCCCUAUAAUUUCUUGCCAACCUAGGGUAUCUCGGUGGCUUUCAUUUUGCUCAAAUAUAUGAGAGAGACACACACACCCACUAUCACUUGUGAAAUGUUUAUACAGCUUUACACUGCUUAAAUCCCAAUCUAUCCUUAAACUUCAUUAGGGACUCUUUUGUACAGAUGUUUAUUGGGGACAUACAUGCUUUCAAACUUCUGAUUUAAGUACAGAAUUAGGGAGUGGAUUUUAAUCAAUUUGACAUACUGCAAGAUUACUUGUUGUGGCAGUUGUUGUUCUUGUUAAAAUGCAAAAAUUGCAUUAAUGUCAUGUGUGUUUCUUCAUAGCUUGUGAAAAAAAAUCAAGUCUGUGCUCUAUAAGAUUCUGGGUCCAAUAAAAGCGAAUUAUAGGCUUCUUUAUGAUCUCCAUUAACAUUGUGAGUGCCCAGAAUUUAUUUUAAGACAGGAACACUGAUGGGGUACCAUCCCACUUUCAUGGCAGUAAAUGACACCGGGUUUUGGGCAAGAUACUGCACAGCAUAUGGAGCACUGUAAUGUGUAUUAUGCGGAAGUGCCGCUGUGCGUUUCACCUUGGAACGCGGAAGGGGCAGGGACGGUCAUGUGUUACCUUACGUCUGUAUAGAUUCACCCAAUAAAGAACAUCUGACGUCAGACCCCGGAAGGACUCAACAUCGCGGGAAAAUUUGAUUAAUGAAGAAUACUUGUAUUGAAGGAUAUAUAAAGGAACGAUCCUGGAUUAUACUCGCAUCCCUGAAGAAGUCAACACUGACGAAACGCGUUGGACUGAGUAUUUGGAUAGAUUUUCAUCAUUAUAUUUUAUUUUUAUAUCUUUUGAUUUAAUGAUUGUAUUAUUUUUUAUCAGUGUUUGGCAAUCAGCUGUUGUUCCAUCUUCUGCAUAGAUCCAUUUAUCAUCUUGUUCCACUUGUUAGUGGAUAUAUGCCUGCAGAUUGCAACCUGAAUGUAAGUGCAAUCAGUGUAAUAAAUGUAUGUACUUUUUAACAGUACUACUCUAUGUAUAUUUCCUUUUUAUACUUCUGAGGUUCUCAGACAUAAGGAAAAUUCUGUUGCUGCAUACAGAUACCCCCAAGGGGAGAUAAGCACGGACCAUCUAUACUUCUUGUAAGUUCUCUACCUCCUGGAUGCUAUUGUCCCUUUCUUUACAUACUUCACUAUAUAUUUUUUAUUAUCCUCUAGAUUACUUGAGAUCACGUCCUGUUAUACCGGUUGUAUUUUUGUAUUCUCUAUAUAAUAUGUGCUAUCCCACUUUUUUAGCUCAUGUUGCUGUUUUUAAGCUAUAUUAGCUAAUUUGUUGUUUUCUUGCACAGCAUAGUUUGGUUUGUGUCGCGAUCUUCCCUAAAUUAUCCCCCAGGAACAACUGCACAAACUAGCUGGACACGUCAGACUGUAUGCCUGGAGGUGCAGUAAAGAUAGGGAUGCCAAAAUGAUUGGCGGUGUGACUAUCCAGUCAUCUGUGUUUUGGGCAGCGUCAGGGGAAUCAGCACAUGCUUCUUGCUCAGGCACAUAUUCGCUGUCAUUCAAUCGCCUCUGAAUCAGUGGUUCUAAGCAUUUUUAGAUUGAACUUUAACUACAACUGAACAAGCUUCAAACUUAUUCUUGUUUUUUAACAUCUUUUUUCUAACUAAUCAAACACAAAAUUUCCCACUAACUUCAACCGACCCCAGCUAACUAAAUCACCAAAUUAAUAAAAUAAAUGUAACCCCUAAGUGUAAAACAAACACAAAAGCAGAUCACAGUAAAGUAAUGUGAUCUGAAUUCUGAUCACUGUAGCAACUGAUCAUAGAGCAGGGAAAGGGUUAAAGAUUGUUUCACAGGGCUAAAAUUAGUUUGUAAUUUAACUGGUACAAUUUUAUCACUAGCUGCACACCAUGUAUCUCCAAUCUGUGUCUCUCAUCAGUUCACACAGUUGGAGGUUGGUACAUCAGAUAUCAUCUCAGCAAACCGUGAUUGGUGUGUGACAUUGCUAUUUCCUGUUGUUGAUCUGCCUCGGACAUUGAGGCACCCAGCAACCGCAUUAAUCCCGCGAUUUGGCUUAAAUUUAGUACAUGAUGUAAUUAUGCCGUCAUGGGUUCUCUUGGAAUCGGCUGCCAUAAUAGAGUAACUUUGUCAUUGGUCCUUAAUCGGUUAAUAUCUUAUGUUUAAAAAAAAAUAUAUAUAUAUUUUUUUGGCAUGAUUUUCCUAUGGGCAGGGGGUAGAGCGCAUACAAAGUAGUCUAUGCCCUCUUCCAUUUGUUCAACAUGACUUUUUAUUUUUGUCUGUGUUAGACACUAUCCAAUGAUAGAUUUCCCUUUAAGAAGCCCUGACAAAUAGCGUAUUUGUGUGACUAGCCAAUCAUACAGCUCACACAGACAUGUAUAAAUGGCAAGAGCCGUGAUUGGCACAGCCCCUCACUUCUGAUUUAAACUAUAGUUCACAGUGAGUGAAGUGGGAAACGCUCCCUGCUGACUAUCUGGGAAGGUGUGACAAAUGUGUUUUUGUUAUUCUUUUCUUUUCUAUUAUUUUCUAUUGACACUUUUAAAGAAUAACCCUGUAGUGGCAGUCAGUUUAACCCUAAAACACUUCAGUAAGAUGGAGUAUUCCUUUAAUUCAUAUUACUUGCUUUCCGUUAGCUUGUUUAUUUUGUGUAAGUGUUCUGUAAGAAAAGAUACUUGUGUGCAAGAGACAGAGCUUUGUUUCUUUCUGCUUCUCCAUUGUGGGGGAAGGGAAAGUAAUAAAUCGAUCAUGUUUCACUGCUAGACACAUCCUGUAGGAUUCAUCUCUGGGAGGUACUGGAUUCUCUAGAGAAACUUUUCAACUCUGCUUAUUCAUGUGAUGAUAAUAUUUUAUGUGUGUAAUACACUUACCGAAUAUCAUGUAAUUGUACUAUAGAUAAAUCUGCAGAAGAAAAUACAAUUUUUCAGAGCUUGGCCUGUUUCUCAUAAAUGUUUGCAAAGCUGCUUUUAAAAAAAAGGGUAAUAUUAUUAAUGUAUAGUAGUUUACCAUGAUUAAUAAUUAAUCGUGUUUACAGGAUUUGUUUGUAUUUCCAGACUGUCAGCUAAGUGGUUUAUUUUUUUAUUUUUAUGUUCUGUAUUCUCCUAUUUAGUUAUAUUUUACUUUUUACACCAGCAGAAACAAAUACUGGUAUGUGGAAUUUGUGCCCUGAUGCCAAAGUCAUGCAUUUCCAUGUGAGGCCCACAAUAUUUGGGAUUUUUGUAGAGAAAUGUUUUAAUUUUUAUUAUAGCUCUGCCAUGGGCAGGCAACAGGGUUGCCAUGUGGGGUAUUGGUGUAAGGGUUGUGAGGUCUGCACUUACAGAAAGUGCAAACCUCCGUAAUCCCGUUCUUGCAUUCCAGCUCUCUAGAAAGUCAGAGUGUAGCGCCAGUAUUACCAGCUUAAACUCUGAGUCACUGAGUGUUGGCACUGCGUCAAGGAGAAGGAAUAUAUUACAGUUGAAGAAAGUGCAUUUCAUUAUACAAUCUCAAGAUCAGUAUAAAGAGUUAUACCAAGAGUAUCAAACAUUUUGCCCAAGGGCAAGAUAAACACAACUAAACUUGCGUAUACAGUCCCAGGUCUUAAGUAUCAAGAGAGGGCAUGAUAUCACUGAAAAUGCCACUGUAGACUAAAACUCUUUACUGCUUAGUGAUUAAAAAUGUCAUUCUUUUAUCAUAAAAAAAUUAAGUUAAAACUUUCUACACAUAAUAUAACCAAUGCUCCCACUGUGUGGCUGACAAUCCAUAAGCUGACACGUUUCAUGUGAGCAGCACUUUCUCAAGACCCCAUGGUCCUAUGUUCGUGGGAGUGUCAGCCACUUAGUCAUCUGAGAUACAAAUAUUAAGUAUCCAAUUUAAGCGCGCUUAUGCUCAAGUAUAACAAUACCUCAUGACUGUCUUAAAAAAAAAAUCAUAAAAAAAUGAUGAAAUUAAAAGUUUACCAACACAAAGGUUUUGUCUUUUCAAACAUAUUCCUUUCAUCGCAGCACUUCUUGUGAUUUAUUCGGGCCACGAGGCCUUGCAUAUCUUUGUUGCUUUGCUUGAGUUUUGCAUGCAUACCUGCUUCACCCAUAGGUAGAUGAACUUCAUUAAAAUAUUCCAAAACCGGGUCUUUUUUUUUUUUUGUGACCUGCUGCCAUUUUACUCCUCAAGGGAGUGAACAAAGGACUUCAAGCUAUGUGCACAAAGAUCCCAUGGUUGGUAAGCUGCUCAGAAGGUUUCACUUUAAUUUUUACAGCUGCCCCUCCAUCCUCAUCCUUUGAACCUGGUACAGUGGUAUUUCGCUUCAAACAAUCUUUAAAACUUGCAUUUAAGGUAAUUUGUGGUUUGUAAAUAGAUUUGCGUAACAACAAUGGGAUUAAGGUCUUUUCCUGAACUUUGAUCAUUUUAUACCAUUUUUACUGUGAAAAAGUGCAUAUUAUCUUAGCUUGAAUUAAGUGAAUUAGUUUACCAAAAAGGUAAAUACUGCAUGAAUAUACAGCCCCAUACUACAUAACUAAACUCCAUGUUAAUGUUUUCAACUUUUAGAGAGUUACCGCUCAACUGGUAUUUAGCGCUGUCUGGGUAAUUUUAUUUAGACUGCCCUUUUAAAAAGAAAUUCUUUAUACUUAUACUUGGAAGUACUAUAGAGAUAAAAGCACAGUGGGGCAGAGCCAAUUUAGCUUCUCUAUUCAUAUUUGUGUCUCAUUGGGUGAGCUGCCUAGCAUACUUUCUAAUCGGGAAGAUGUUUUGUGAACAAAGCAGACAUGGUUAAGGGGAUAGGGUUAUGAUGUAGAAAAAGGAGUAAAGAGAAUACUGCAUGAAUACAAAACCAAAACCAAUUAAGUGCACUUACCUUGCGUUUAUACUUUUAAAGAGACAUUCUAAGCACCAUAACCAGUUCAGUGUGAUGGAGCAUCCUAGUGCCAUUCCACUGAUCAAUGUUGAACCUUUUUUUGAAUAUUUUUUUAACACUAAUGAGAGUCCCUGGCAUCCCAAAGUCCAAUACCUCAACGUAUUUUAGGCUUAUACUUCCAUUAUCCCAAGCAGUGAUAGACUGAACGUGUCAGCUGACAGUUUUGAGCUCAUCCGUGCCACUCAUUACUGUUAUGGAAUGGUAUGGCAGAGUUACAUUUCACCUUGGCCUUAUCUCCAGCAUGUGGAGUAAAUUUCCCUUCAGUGAAGAAAAGUUUCUAUUACUGAGACUAAAAAUGCACCGUGCAAAUAAUGGUUGACUUGGUAACAAGAAACCCCCUGGCACCCAAAGGAGACUACUGUUGGUUCCACAGACUGUGUUUUUUGUCCUGUUAAUGCAGUGGUAGUCAACCUUUUUCUACCUACCGCCCAAACAUGCAUCUUUAUGGUUGAAAAAAAUGUCCUUACCAGUUUUCGCGCAAUAGCAGAAUAUUUUUUCGAAAGGAGGGUGUUUUAAAAGAAAUGUACGUACAUUUUAUCUUUUUAUUUCUACUUAAUGCAUGUUUAUAAUGUUUUUAACUUUAUAAAGUUUAAUGAGAAACCCAUAAAGUAAAUUGAAAUUACCUUUACUAGUGAUUAAUGAGAUCCUUGAGAUGCUGCGAGACUAAAUAUUUGAUAUCUGGUUCAAUUUUCGGAAAGAACAAAUGAAGGUCUCCUCUUUCAGUGAUAUUCAGACGACUUCUCUGCUUGCACAUAUGAUUUCUCCCCUCCCCUCCCUCCUCAAUUCCCCUCCCUGCCUUUUUUUUAAUUUUUUUUAAAUUUUUUAACCUUCCUUAUAGCAAUGCCCAGUAGGAAGGCUGAACUAGGUAUCCCACUUUCUAGAGCCCACUGCAACAGACAGGCAGGCACGCAGGCACGCACGUACAUACAUACAUACAUACAUACAUACAGACAGGCACGCGCAUAUAUAUAUAUAUAUAUAUAUACACACACAUACACACACACACAAUAUUUUAGUCACCCUCCUGUUUCCUACUUUUUAGGUGCAGGAGGGUGACUUUCCCUGGGGUCCAGUGAUGGCUCAGGCGGAUGGGAGUCAGAGUUCCCACUCUGACUCCCUGGUCUUCCUCCCGCGUGGUCUGUGUGUUAGCUGGGAGGAGUGAUGUGCAGUCACUUCCUCCCAGCGUGUGAUGUAAUCACAGGGGGCCCGGUUGCGCUGUUAAAGCGCCCAGCGCUGACCAGGCCCCCUCACAAACCACAUCCAUCGGGUGGCAAGUGGUGAUGGCGGUACCCAGUCGCAGGGGUACCGCCGGCUCGCGCCCACCCACCCAAUCUCUCAAAAUUAGAAAAUCCUACCACCCACCUGGAAUCUUGAAACGCCCACAAGUGGGCGGUAGAGACCAGGUUGACGACCCAUGUGUUAAUGCAUAGUUGAUAAACUCUAGCAGUAGUGCGUUAUAUGAAACUUGUAUGAAACAAUCUUAUUAAUACAAAGAAAUAUGCUAAUGUGCCAGCAAUUAUGAUAAAAAAAACUCCAUGUGAAGCAAUGUAUUAAAAAAAAUAAUUAAUAAAUACUAAAUCAUUUUAAAUACUGAAACUACACUUACAAUGUACAGUCCUUGGAUAGGAGUGUUUGUUUUUUUUUUUAUUUAUUUAUUUAUUUUUUUUAAGUAUCAAUUUAUUCUGUAUUUAAAAAAAAUAAAUAAAAUAAAAAUGUAUCCAUAUCAAAAUAUCUUUCAAAAUGAAGUAAUUUGAAAAGCUUAACCCAAAAUAUUAAAGGAUAUGUGUAAUUCCCUCCCCCCCACCUCCCUUCAACUUAUGCAGGUUUCCUAACAGUCGCAAUUUCUGGAUCCUGUCCCGCAUUGGUUCCCUGGAUUUACGCAUCUGUGGACACCACUGAAGUUCAUAAUUAUCCAGGCAGCACAUCAUUAAAUGCACUUUUGCUGUGAAGUUGGCAUUAGGACCAUGCCUCACGUGCUUCAGCAGAGCGACCUGCAUGGUCCUGGGGACUGGCCACGCAGCCUGUCAGUGUUUUCUUGCCCAUUAUGGACAUCUCUAUUUACGCUUGCUGCGCGACUGGCGAUGCCCCUCAUACAUUGAGUGUAAUUAUAUAUAAUUGUUUUAUUAAUUGUGAAUUGGGGGACCGGUCUGCCAAUAUUUCUCAAAGAAGACUCCUCUAUUUACAGCAAAGUUGCGUGGUCCAAAUCGGUAUGAAAUGUGCUUUACGAUGAAUCCAUAAUACAAAAAUAGGAAUUGCACCUCAGUGUGACAAACAACCCCUCACCACCUCACACGUCUCGUGUUUAAUGUCCACACACGUGUGUUUUUAUUGCAGUAAAAUCUAACCUAUGACAUUCACAGUUUAAAAAUGCAAUGCAGAGCUUGGAAAAUAAAAUUUCUUAAUUUCUCACACUUCUUUAGAUUUUAUUCAUAUUAAAUUGUUUCAUAUAUAAAUAUUUAUUGUGAAACGAAUGCCAUAUUUCCCUGAAAAUAAAACCGAAAAAAAAGUGUGUGUGUGUGUGUGUGUAUAUAAAUUUAAAUGUGGGCGCACAUUAUAUAAAAGGUAAAUUAUGACUGAACAGACUUGUCUCAGAUUCAACAUUUUGUUUUUUGAACUUGGACAAUUGCCUCCAUGCUUAAAGGGACACUAUAGGCACCCAAACCACUUCAUCUCAUUGAAGUGGUCUGGGUACAGUGUCCCUGUCCCACUUAUUCCUGCAAUGUAAAACAUUGCAGUUUUUGGGACUAGUCUACCAGCAGCCACUAGAUGUGUUUCCUGGAGUUUGACUCAAAGGCCCAAUGCUUGCUCUUCGCACAUGUGUAUUAAGUCCUCCCCCCUCCAUCGAACGAGGUGGUGCGUGCGUAAAUCCAGUAAGUGUUUAAAGGUUGUUUUUGUUUUUUGUUUAACACAUUAUGUACCAAGGAAGGGUAUAAAUAUAUAAUUCAAGCUCUAGUCACUGUAGCUGCCUUUGCCUUUUUAUUAUGCUUUACAAUUUUCAAUAUUUAUGUGGGCAGAAGAGCACAGAAGGUUGGGGCACAGGGGGUCUGGUGGGUACGAGGAGGUGGCAGUGGUGCACACAAAUACGUAAAGAGGGGGCGUGUGGCACACAGACACACACACACACACACACACACACACAGAGGGGGUGGGUGGCACAUAGCCAGCCAUAGUAAAUAAUGUGAGCAGAGCCAACUUGGGUUGAGUAUGUUAUACUACUAUAUUGUUGGAGACAUACAGAUCAUACCUGUAUGCUGCGCUUGCGGUAUCGGAUCAAAACCAUUGAGUCCACAUUGAUUCUGGGGACGUGGCCUCAACUGAAGUGAAGAAAUAGAACACUGUCUCGACCAAAAUAAUGCAUGUCUGAUAAGUUUGGAAAGCUCUGACUUAGUGGGCAGCUUCUAUUUAACCAUCUACAGAAGAAAUUUGAAAACUGCAACUUGGUCUUCUUUUUUACUCGUUCAGUAAACAUUACAGGUUGGACAUUCUUGCCGUUAUUUCAGCUGGAAGUUUUUUAGUUUUUUUCGUAUUGUAUUAAUUUGAAUUUUUAUUACUGCUUCACGCCCAGAAAAACGUUUUUUGCUUACAGGAUUAUUCACUGAGCGGUGAAUUAUUGGGCAUUCAAAGUACAUUUUACAUGUAAAGCCAAAGUAGCUGGAACCAUUGCUCUCUUCAAUAAGUUUUCCUGUUUUACUUUUUUUUUUUUUCUUUAAAUUUCAAAUUCACUUUGAAUUUCUAGCAUUCCUCCUGAACAACCCUAUUACAGUGAAUAGUAGUACAAUUUCCCUCCCUGUUUAUGUGCCCCUGUGGCUUCCUGGGAAUUUUGGUUUCUAGUUUCCUCAUAUAGGAGACACAAGAUUGUGGUUUUUUUUUACCUGUUCAGCUUUAACAAGGGGCAACCAUCCACUGUUUGUACUGCUGCUUUCAAUAUGUAAAAAAACAAAACUUUGAGAUUCCUCCCCCUCCCCCCCACUACCUUUAUUGUCCAAUCACUAAUCUAAAACUUUGUACCCAGAGGUAUUUUCCCUCCAGUCAUGGUUUCAGUCUUGAUUGCAGGAAAGAGAUUUAACAUGCACAAACACAGCUCGCAUCUAUAGUUCCCAAUGACCUAUUUAGACAUGCCUUACAGAUAUGCAUUCCAUUAAGUAAGAAUGGGUUUACUUUUUUCUUUCUUUCUUGUGCGCAUUCUAAUGUCCUAAAGGCACAAUGCAGGCUAGUAGGGAUCAAUAUGUUUUAGUGAUUUACAUUGUUUUGUUGCAGUUACAUGGAUUGAUUUACAAAUUCAAAUUUUCAGAGCACUGUCCCAAUUUGAAAGCAUAUGCUUAUUUAACAAAUUACCCCAAUCAUUUUGGAGGCUGUUGAGACUUUUCCAGUGUAAAAAGUCCUCAUGGGCACAAUGUAGAAGGUCCCCCUCCAAAAUAAAUUAGUUUUACUCAGCUGGAAUUAAGCAGCGGGCAAAGCUCAUGAUGCUGACUUCUACACCCCAUUCCAAUUUCACAGGGGCAGAGAGCAAAUAGACAUCUGGGAUUAGUCUGUUUUGACAGCUCACAGCGCAUGCGCUCGCUUCGGGACGGAUAGUAGAGUGAGUCUUUCCUUUAAUUUAUAAUGUGCUGAAAUUGUCAUGGUGGCUGGAGUAACACUUUAAGGCAAGCAUGCCAAACUCGCCACAUGCGGCCCACAAUGGACCUCUUUGCGGCCCUGCGAGUACAUGCUUAGUGUAAAAGCAGAGUAGGCACCUACUCGACCCACAUUGCAGGUGCCUACUCUUCUUUCAUUUACCCGGCUGGUGGAGAUGAAACAGGUCACCGGCGGCAGCGAGGGAGAUUUUGAUCCUGCUGUAUUAUAAAGCAAUAUAUUUGAAAAAAUUGUAUCAUCACCAAACAAGUUUAUAACAAGUUCACUAUGGCCAGAGUUCAACUUCUUUCAUUUGCUGUCGGCUUGGUAUUCUGUCUGUAUUUUGUGGGUUAUUUUAGUGGUAGUGCAAAGUUCAAUAAUAUCCUAGUCUGUCUGAUCACAAGUAAAUCACUAUAGCCUUUAUGAUGAAAUAAACAGGCUCGGUAUUUGAGAUGGAAGUGUGAGGGGUUGUGUGCUACCAAAGGACAACAGCUCAUUCAAAAUUUCAGUAGUCGUUUGGUCUAUCUUUUGUAAAGGGCCCCCAUUAGAAUGGACUAUGGAUUCUUAGUACAUUGGUACUUUAAAAGAUUGAAAUUUAAAGGAUCACUGUAGGGUGAGGAACACAAAAAUGUAUUCCUGACACUCUAGUGAAAACCCACCAUUUAGGUGGCUUGCCCGCCCUGCCUUAGCUGCUCAGAAUGGGUUAAAACUCACCUUAUUUUCAGCUCUCCACGGGUCUGCCGGCAGUGGCCUCGCCCCCUUGGUGACAUCAAAAUUGCUGAUUUCUAGCCAGCAUUGGAUUGGCUAAAAUCUGCAAGAGGCGGGGCCAAACUCCAUUUUGGCCAAUCGGCACCUCCUCAUAGAGAUGCAUUGAAGCAAUGCAUCUCUAUGAGGAAAAAUCUGCGUCUCCAUGCAGUGUGAGGACACUGAACGGCAGGGCUGCUUACUGUGCAGCCCUGAGCCAGGAAGCCCGUGUAGUGGCCAUCUGAGGAGUGGCCACUUGAAGGUGUCCCUAGGGGCAAUGUAAACACUGCAUUUUCUGUGAAAAGGCAGUGUUUACAUGAAAAUGCAUGAAGGGAGCUAUUAUACUCACCAGAACUACAUUAAGCUGUAGUUGUUCUGGUGACUUUAGUGUCCCUUUAAAAGCCUGGCGUCUCCAGUUUAAUUCUUGUGGUGGUCUUUGUUCUGGAAGUUAAAAUGUUUGUUUAUUCCAGUGCCAUGUCAUACUCAGAUGUGUAUUGAAUAUUAUCAGUGACCUGUUAAUUUGUAAUGUUGAUACAAUAGUGUGUGUGUAUAUAUAUAUAUAUGUGUGUGUAUAUAUAUAUAUAAUAUAAUUUUUUUUUUUUUUUGUUCUUGGUCAGACAAGACAAAGCUAGGACAAGCAUUACAAAUGAAUAGGAGAAACUUAUUUAUUUAUUUUUUUUCCUUCCCUUCCCUUUUCCUCUUCUUUGUAUGUUUUCUCUGUGCUCCCUGCCAGGUGCAAAGGACAGAGCUUAUAACAAUGAUUAACAGGGAGCCAAGUGCCCAGUUGAAGGAUAAAGAGGUGCAAUUUAUAGAUUCAGUUUUAUUUUUCACACAUCACAAUUAUGUAUUUGUUAAAUACAGAUAUUAGUCAAAGAAAUAUUGAAAAUCCUGCAAAGUGACAAUUCCCCUUUAAUUGAUUCAUCUAUGUGUUUUCCAGUUAUAUUUGCAAAGCUCUGUACCUGCAGUCAAUACCACAAAAGGCCCAUCAUUUGAGCUGUGAAUAUAUCAAUAUGUAAUCAUUUUGAUUGUUUCUCAUUUUAGGCAAAAGGAAAUGAAGAUUAUGGAGAAACUGUGGUUGUUAUGCAGAAUGAGAUUUUUAUGGAUGAUUUUUUCCUUCAGGUAAGAAUACUUGCAAUAAAAAUAGAAAAGUGAAUGGCGCUUACACAAUGAAAGGAACACACAAGUAGUGGUGGGAUAAAAAGUGUUCCCCAACACCUUAAGUACACAAUGUAAGAUAAAAGAUAUAUUGACACUCAAUGUAUAAAUGCCAAAAAAGAGAUCCACACACCACUCUCUUAGUCCCAAAUAGUGAGUGUAUACAAUACUUAUAAAUAAAAAGAUGUACGCUGAUGGUAUUCCAUGUACUGGAACCCUAGAAUAACACAAAGCAGUACAUAGCGUAGACUGUAUAUAAUAAUGAUAAUGUAGUAAAGAAUAAAUGAAUCCACUCACGAAUUCCAGAGCCGUACCAGGCUCUGUGUAAAGUGCCCCAGGGUGCCUAUGCAGGCUAGAUAUGGAAUCUUUACAAAAUCCCUCAGAGGUAGGAGAAGCAGCAGAGUAAUGUCAAAAUAAAUAAAUUCAAAAUAAAUUUAUUUGUAAUAAAAAUAUGUAAAAACAACUACAUAGGUUGUAUAAAAAGGUAAUAUAUAUUACCUUCUUAUACAACCUAUGUAGUUGUUUUUACAUAUUUUUAUUACAAAUACAUUUAUUUUGAAUUUAUUUAUUUUGACAUUACAUUAAAUUGAAUCUAUAAUUUAUUUUGAAUUUAUUUAUUUUGACAUUACUCUGCUGCUUCUCCUACCUCUGAGGGAUUUUGUGAAGAUUCCAUAUCUUGCCUGCAUAGGCACCCUGGGGCACUUUACACAGAGCCUGGUACGGCUCUGGAAUUCGUGAGUGGAUUCAUUUAUUCUUUACUACAUUAUCAUUAUUAUAUACAGUCUACGCUAUGUACUGCUUUGUGUUAUUCUAGGGUUCCAGUACAUGGAAUACCAUCAGCGUACAUCUUUUCAUUUAUAAGUAUUGUAUACACUCACUAUUUGGGACUAAGAGAGUGGUGUGUGGAUCUCUUUUUUGGCAUUUAUACAUUGUGUCAAUAUAUCUUUUAUCUUACAUUAGGUAAGAAUACUUGCUGCUUAGAAAAUGAAGUCUCAACUAUGGGGGGAAUAUUUUUUUUUAUAAAACUGAUUAUUUAUAUAUAUAUAUAUAUAUAUAUAUAUAUUUUCAUGACAUGUAUGUAUUACCUGAAACCAGAGGGCUGCACUCACCUGUAAAUGCAUAAACAGGGGGGUUGCUGCUGGGGUCCAAUUUAUACAAUACACAAGAUCAGUGCACUCACUUAUCCACAAAACAGCAACAGCAAUUAUGUGUUAAAAAAACACAUCUAUGCAAAAAUAAUGAGGGUUUAAUUACAUUAUAUGAUCAUACAUUGCAUAAGCCUGCCGCAGCAUCAGUGUACCCCAUCUUUGGCAGAUUCUAACCAUGUCAGCUUAAUGUCUGCUCUUAUGAGAUUAACCCACUUACUUGGGAGGGGAAUGAAUUCCUCAUUCCAGGGCCCUAUUUAGCCUUGUACUGCAGAGAGCUCCAGAUGGAAUCCCCCCCCAAGUAAGUGGGUUAUUAUUAUUAUUUAUUAUUUAUAAAGCACCGACAAAUUCCGAAGCGUUGUACAAUGGGUGGACUAACAGACACAUAAUUGAGAUCAGACCACUGGACGUACAGGAACAGAGGGGGUUGAGGGCCCUGCUCGAUGAGCUUGCAUGCUAGAGGGAGUGGGGUAUGGUGACACAAAGGGUUAAAGUAGGGAAAUGAAAUGGUUUAUUGAGUGCUUGGUAGGUCAUUUUUGACAGUUGCAGGAAAGGAGUCAUGGGGUGGGGGAUGAGAAACCUGCUGACUGUUUAAUUGAUACGCUUUAAUGAAGAAGUGAAGGAGUGUAGGCUGGAUGAAAGUCUGAUUGAGGAGGGAAGGGAGUUCCACAGAAUAGGUGCAGCCCUGGAGAAGUCUUGAAGGCGAGCAUCAGAGGUGGGGAUCCGGGCAGAGGAUAGGCGUAGGUCUUGGGCUGAGCGCAGGGGUUUCGACUGGACAUACUUGUGUAUGUGUAUGUAUAAGUAUGUUGGAGCAGCAUUAUGUAUGGAUUUGUAAGCAAGUGCCAGCAUUUUGAAUUGGGCCCUAUAUCUAACUGGAAGCCAAUGCAGGGACUGACAAAGCGAGGAGACGUGCGACCGGACAGGAAAAUAAGCCUCGCAGCUGCAUUCAUUAUAGAUUGCAGCGGUGCAAGCUGGGAACAUGUAAGACCGGUGAUAAGGGGAUUGCAAUAGUCAAGGCGAGAGAGAACAGCAGCAUGAACCAGUACCUUAGCCACGUCCGGCGUUAGAUAUGGGCGGACGCGCUGUGUUCUUGAGUUGGAAGCGACAGGAUUUGGCUAUUGAUUGGACAUGAGGAGUAAAAGAGAGGUCAGAAUCAAAAAGAACCCCUAGGCAGCGAGCCUGCGAGGUAGAGGUGAUAGUAGCGCCGUUGACUUGGAUGGAGACAGACACAGGAGUAGCAGCACUUGAGGGAGGACAAACUAGAAGUUCUGUUUUGGACAGGUUGAGUUUAAGGAAGUGAGCAGCCAUCCAGUUGGAAAUAGCAGAGAGGCAGUCAGAAACACAAGUCAAGGUGGGCGGAGAGAGAUCAGGGGAGGACAGGUAGAUUUGCGUGUCAUCUGCAUAUAAAUGAUAUUGGAAGCCAAAGGAGCUGAUGAGUUUACCAAGGGUGGCAGUAUAGAUAGAGAACAGUAGGGGGCCGAGGACAGAACCUUGGGGGACGCCGACAGAGAGGGGUUGGGGAGAGGAGGCAGAGCCAGAGAAAGAAACACUGGAAGAGCGCUGGGAGAGGUAGGAGGAGCACCAGGAGAGAGCAGUAUCCCGUAGAUCAACGUCACAGAGAAUGUUGAGAAGCUGUUGAUGAUAAACAGUGUCAAAGGCGGCAGAAAGAUCAAGGAGGAUUAGGAUAGAGUAUUGGCCGCGAGAUUUAGCAGCAAUUAAAUCGUUGGAUACUUUGGUCACAGCAGUUUUGACAGAGUGACCAGCGCGGAAUCCAGACUGAAGGGGGUGAAGCAGAGAGUUGGAUUCGAGAAAGUCUGUUAAUCUGGUGUACACAACUCUCUUGAGGAUCUUGGAGGCAAAUGGCAGUAGUGAGAUAGGGCGGUAGUUGGAUGGGGAGUUGGGAUCAAGGUUGGGCUUUUUUCAGAAUCAGGGUUGCGGUUGCAUGUUUGAAGGGUGAGGGAAAUGUGCCAGAGGAAAGGGAGAGAUUUGAAAAUGUUAGCGAGAGGAAGAGCAAGAGAGGGAGACAAAGUGCGGAUGAGAUGUGAGGGAAUAGGAUCGCGGAAGCAGGUGGUGGGGCAGGAGGACAGGAGCAGAAACCUCUUGUGCUGUAGCAGGUGCAAAUGAGCAUAGGAUGGUAGGGGGAGUGGGGUUGGGUGAUGUAUUGAUAGGGGUAGGAGAGAUCUCUUUCCUGAUUGUAGAGAUCUUCUCAGUGAAAUGAGAUGCAAAGUUUGUGGUGGAAGGAGGGGGAGUCACAGGGCGAAGAAGAGCAUCAAAAGUGUGAAACAGGUGUUUGGGUUGAUGGGACAGUGUGCUUAUGAGGGUGUUUAAGUAGUUUACUUUUGCAGAGGAAAGAGCCAUGCUGUAGGAGCGCAGCAUACAUUUUAUAGUGGACAAAGUCAGAUGCAAAGUGAGACUUUCUCCAGCAGCGUUCAGCAGUUCUGGAACAUUUUUGGAGGUAAUGGGUCAGCUUGGUGUGCCAGAGUUGUAAUUGGGGGCGCUUGCUGCAUUUAACUGUAGGAGGUGCCAUGAUGUCAAGUUGAAAGGAGAGUGGAGUUGUAGAGUGAGGUUGCAGAGUUAGGGCAGUUGAGAUUUGAGAUGGGUAAAAGGAGUGUUUGGAGUUUGGUGGAGAAGUGCUGGAGAUCAAGGGAGUUUAGGUUUCUGCGAGGUUGGGGAGUUGAUGGUGGUGACAUUUUGGUAUGGGGUAUGCAGAUGUUAAAUGUUAGCAGAUGGUGGUCAGACAAAGGAAAUGGAACAGUGGAGAGAUCAGAGAUUGGUGAAGAUGAGGUCAAGAGUGUUUCCUGCAGUGUGAGUUGCUGAGGAAGAAAUCUGUGUGAGUCCAAAGGAGGAGGUUACAGAGAACAGACUAGAGGCAUCAGGGCAGUUGAGCUUGUUGAUAGGGAUAUUGAAGUCCCCAUGUAUGAGGGAGGGAGUGCUAGAGGAAAGAAAGUGGGAUAACCAGGAGGAAAAGUGUUAAAUAGUUUAGGGUGACGGGGGGGCGAUAGAUGAUGGCAAUUCUUAAAGGAGUGGGCUUAAAAAGGCGUACCGUGUGAACUUCUUCAAAGGAAGUGAAAGAUAGGGCAGGGGCAGGGAGGAUAGGUUGAAAGUUACAUAGAAGGGAGAGAAGGAUGCCUACACCACCUCCUUUACAAUCGAGUCUAGGAGUAUGGGAGAACUGUAGACCACCGAAACAUAAAGAAGCAGGUGUAGCGGUAUCGGAUAGGGACAGCCAGGUCUCAGUGAGUGCCAGUAUUGUGAGUGAGUUAGAGAUGAUGUCAUGUAUAGCUGUAGAUUUGAUAUUACUACAAAUGGAGCGAGCGUUCCAGAGUGCACACUGAAUUUUGGUAGAGGAGGAUAAACUGCAGGGUAUUUGGAGGAGGUUUGCAGACAUUAGGCUGUUAGCGUAGGACCUGCCAAAAAUGGGGUACAUUAACGUUGUGGCAGACUUACGCAAUGUAUGAUCAUAUAAUGUAGCUAGACCCCCAUUAUUUUUGCCUAGAUUGUGUUUUUAAAAAAAAUAAAUAAAAAAAUUCUGUCAUUGAAGUUUCUGUUUAAUGUAUGUAUUACCUAGUUUGUACUUAGAGGUGUAUUGUAGACCUCAUAACCACUACAUUUAAUUGUUGUUGCUACGGUGCUCUGUGUAUUUCUUUUGAGGGUGGAACAGUGGACUUUGUCAUAACAUUCGAUGAAACCGUUUGUGUUGUAUCUAUGUGUAUGCUCAGCCGCAAUUAGCGUCCUUUAUCUAAAAUGUUCAGUAAGAUUAGAGAAUCUGUGCUGUGGCUUCCAUGGUUUCAAUUUGGUCUUUGCUGGGCAGUUAAUUUACCCUUGCUGGGCAGUACAACACUCUCAGUUAAAACUGGUAAGCCAGUUCUCUUUCUUGUCUUAAAAUAGUUUUACACUCUCCAGCUGCAUUAUUUGCAAUAAUACAGCUGCACUAUUAUAUAACUAUUUUAUUCUGAGGAUAUGCACAGCAUGGUAUUCUGCAUUUCAGCUUUCUGUUAGGGAGCAUCAGGAUUGUAAUAAAUGUCAGAACUCCAUAAGGUAUUUAUUUAUUUUUAUUUAUUUAUUUUUUUUUUAGUUAAUUUACAUGUUUUCAUUAGAGCAUGGAUUGUUUCUGAAAGUUAUUUUAUUGCCCUUUUUUAGUUUUCCAGAGAGAGCGAGAGAGAGGGUGAAAUAAGUAUUUGAUCCCCUAUCAAUCAGCAAGAUUUGUGGCUCCCAGUUGUCUUUUAUACAGGUAACAAGCUGAGAUUAGGUGCACUCUCUUGCUCCUAAUCUCAGCUCUUUACCUGUAUAAAAGACACCUGUCCACAGAAGCAAUCAAUCAUAUUCCAAACUCUCUCCACCAUGGCCAAGACCAAAGAGCUGUCCAGGGAUGUCAGGGACAAGAUUUUAGACCUACACAAGGCUGGAAUUGGCUACAAGACCAUCGCCAAGCAGCUUGGUGAGAAUUUGACAGUUGGUGCGAUUAUUCGCAAAUGGAAGAAACACAAAACGGUCAGUCUCCCUCUGUCUGGUGCUCCAUGCAAGAUUUUACCUUGUGGAGUUUCAAUGAUCAUGAGAACAGUGAGGAUCACUCAGCCUAGAACUACACGGGAGGAUCUUGUUAAUGAUCUCAAGGCACCUGGGAGCAUAGUCACCAAGAAAACAAUUGGUAACACACUAUGCUAAGAAGUACUGAAAUCCUGCAGCUCCUGCAAGAUCCCCCUGCUUAAGAAAGCACAUGUCUGAAGUUUGCCAGUGAACAUCUGAAUGAUUCAGAGGAGAGCUGGGUGAAAGUGUUGUUGUCAGAUGAAACCAAAAUCGAUCUCUUUGGCAUCAACUCAACUCUGUGUUUGAAGGAGGAGGAAUGCUGCCUAUGACCCCAAGAGCACCAUCCCAUCCGUCAAAAUGGAGGUAGAAACAUUAUGCUUUGGGGGUGUUUUUCUUCUAAGGGGACAGGACAACUGCACAACAUCAAAGGGACUAUGGAUUGGGCCAGGUACCUUUUAAAUCUUGGGUGAGAAUCUCCUUCCCUUAGCCAGGGCAUUGAAAACAGGUUAAUGGGUAUUACAGCAUUACAAUGACCCAAAUCACACAGCCAAGGAAACAAAGUAGUGGCUCAAGAAGAAGCACAUUAAGGUCCUGGAGUGGUCUGACCAGUCACCAGACCUAAUCCCAUAAGAAAAUCUGUGGAGGGAGCUGAAGGUUCGAGUUCCCAAACGUCGGACUUGAAAGCUUAUGGACUUGGAGAGGAUCUGCAAAGAGAUAUGUGCAAACCUGGAGGCCAACUACAAGAAACGCCUGAUCUCUGUGAUUGCCAACAAGGGUUUUGCCACCAAGUACUAACUCAAAGGGGUCAAAUACUUAUUUCACUCACUGACCUGCAAAUCAAUUUAUAACUUUUCUGACAUUGGUUUUUCUGGAAUUUUUUUCUUUGUUAUUUUGUCUCACUGUAAAAAUACACCUACUAUUAAAAUUAUAGACUGCUAAUUUCUUUGAUAGUGAGCAAACGUUCAAAUUCAGCAAGGGAUCAAAUACUUUUUUUUUUUUUUCCUCACUGUACUUUCAUACGUACAUAAACCCUAAUAGUUAUACUAUUUAUGGUUUGUGGGGAUCGCACUAUAAAUGUAAUUAAGUGGAAACUGACUGUAUUCUAUGUAUAGCACAUAUAGGCAAACUUUUUUUUUUUUUUUAUCAUUUAUACAUAAAAUACAUGGUAUGAAACUUAUACAAAAAAAUUGGUGGGUGGUGGGAAGAGAGAGAGAGAGAGAGAGAGAGUCAGAUCCUGAUGCUGCUUUUGGUAGGAGAUAUCUUUUGAUACUCCUCUGAUUUAGUAGAAAUAGCCCAAAAAAGAAAUGAGACCACUAUUUUGAAUUAUCUUUUAUUUAAAAUUUGACAAUUAAAACAUUGAAAACCUAUAUCCAUAAAGCAUACAAUAAUAUAUUAAUAAGCUGAAAAGUAUGGGAUGAGAAAUUCACCCAGACUUUAACAGAUUUACAAGGAUAGAUGUAACUUGGUGCUGCACGAUAAUUCCUUUAUCUGGCUAAAAAAAGUGUAUAUUUUAAUGUCAAUCCUGUAUACAGUUGCAAGAAAAAGUAUGUGAACCCUUUGGAAUGAUAUGAAUUUCUGCACAAAUUGGUCAUAAAAUGUGAUCUGAUCAUCUAAGUCACAACAAUAGACAAUCACAGUCUGCUUAAACUAAUAACACACAAAGAAUGAAAUGUUGCCAUGUUUUUAUUGAACACACCAUGUAAACAUUCACAGUGCAGGUGGUAAAAGUAUGUGAACCCCUAGACUAAUGACAUCUACAAGAGCUAAUUGGAGUGACAUGUCAGCCAACUGGAGUGAAAUCGAUGAGAUUGGAGGUGUAAAAAAAACACAAAUGCUAACAUCCCUUUUAGCAAAUCUACAAUGCGUAAAACACUAAACAAAAAUGGAUUUCAUGGGAGGAUUCCACAGAGGAAGCCACUGCUGUCCAAACAAAACAUUGCUGCACGUUUACAGUUUGCACAAGAGCACCUGGAUAUUCCACAGCAGUACUGGCAAAAUAUUCUGUGGACAGAUGAAACCAAAGUUGAGUUGUUUGGAAGAAACACACAACACUAUGUGUGGCGAAAAAAAGGCACAGCACACCAACAUCAAAACCUCAUCCCAACUGUGAAGUAUGGUGGUGGGGGCAUCAUGGUUUGGGGCUGCUUUGCUGCGUCAGGGCCUGGACGGAUUGCUAUCAUCGAAGGAAAAAUUAAUUCCCAAGUUUCUCAAGACAUUUUGCAGGAGAACUUAAGGCCAUCUGUCUACCAGCUGAAGCUCAACAGAAGAUGGGGUGUUGCAACAGGACAAUGACCUAAAGCAUAGAAGUAAAUCAACAGAAUGACUUAAACAGAAGAAAAUAUGCCUUCUGAAGUGGCCCAGUCAGAGUCCUGACCUCAACUCGAUUGAGAUGCUGUGGAAUGACCUCAAGAAAGCGAUUCACACAGACGUCACAAGAAUAUUGAUGAACUGAAACAGUUCUGUAAAGAGGAAUGGUCAAGAAUUACUCCUGACCGUUGUGCACGUCUGAUCUGCAACUACAGGAAACGUUUGGUUGAAGUUAUUGCUGCCAAAGGAGGUUCAACCAGUUAUUAAAUCCAAGGGUUCACAUACUUUUCCACCUGCACUGUGAAUGUUUACAUGGUGUGUUCAAUAAAAACAUGGCAACAUUUCAUUCUUUGUGUGUUAUUAGUUUAAGCAGACUGUGAUUGUCUAUUACUCCAUCCUGUAUAUUUAAUUUUUUUGCCCAUAUAUAAACUGAAAAAUGUAAAUAGCAUGUUUUCUAGAGAUACGUCUAAAUCACGGGUGUCAAACACAAGGCCCGCGGGCCGAAUCCGGCCCGCCAGACCUCGUCAUGUGGCCCAUGUAGCCGCCGGCCGCCAGCCCAGUGGCGGAUCCGGGGGGGGCAACGGGGCAAUUGCCCCCCCCCGAGAAUACCGACGGUCUCCCUCUCCUGCCAGCCCAGCAAUGUGCCUGCGGACCGGAGGGGAGAUCACAGAUCUCCCUCCCCGGUCCGCAGGCACAGUGCUGACAGCCGGCGGGGGAGGGAGGGAUAGAGGACCCGGAGCUCAGGCUGCAGCUCCUCUGGGUCCUCCUCUCGCGGGAGUUGGAGUUGCCGCGGUUCCCACGGCAACGCUCCAAAUCUUGCGAGAGUGAACUCUAGCCCUGGAGCGUGGGCUAGAGUUCACUCUCCCCACUGGGACCACCAAUGAAUCCCCCACCGGACCACCAGGGAAAUGUACCCCCUCCCCCCAGUAAAGGUAAGAAGGGAGGGGGGACAUAAAUAUAUAUUUUAAUUAAAAUUAUAUAUAUAUAAUAUAUAAAAGCCCCCCUACCCUUAUAUCACACACACACACUCUACACACACACACACUGCCCCCCAUAAACCCACACUGCUAAUUUAUGAUAAUAAAGAGUGGACACAUAGUCCUACAGAUACAACCGGCCCUUUGAGGGUGACCAAACUGCUGAUGCGGCCCCCGAUGAAUUUAAGUUUGACACCUCUGGUCUAAAUGAUACUCUGUACAUAUUUAAAAGUGUUAUAUUAGAGUAUAAUCCUUAUGGUGACAUUUGAGUGCAAAGUUAGCACUUUCAAAAGGGAAUUGGAAUACUUAGCUGAUACACUACUAUUAAUCUGAAUUUUUAUAGAGUAAGAAGGGGAGGGGAGAAACCAAAAAAAAUUAAAUUUUAUAUAAAAAACCCCCCCGUAAAUUAAAAAAAGAAAAGAAAAAUUACAUGUGGAUUCAUUCAGUUUUUCAGAAGGCAGCUAUAUCUAAAUCUUUAGCCCUCCAAUAAAUAGUGUGUCUAGCUUGAAGAUCCAAUAGGACUCUCUCUGUUUUAAGGUUCUUGAUCUAUCACACCCUCCCUCCCUUUUUUGAUAGACUGUUUCAAUUCAUCUAAUACUUAAGCCCUGUGGGGUCUUCAUUAUGGUUUUCCAAAAAAUGUUGGGAACUCCAUGAUUGGUGUUUUUUUUUUCUUUAUGGCUUGUAUAUGUUCAUUCGUUCUGGUAUUCAGUUUUUUACAUGUCUGAACAAAAUACUGUUUGCCUCAUGGGCAUUCUAAAAGGUAAAUUACAUAUGGCAUAUUGCAAUUGAUAAAUCAUUGGAUUUCAUACUUUUUAUUUUCUUUGUGAUUGGAUGAAAUAUUUUUUUUAUCCCUUUGUUUGAUGACUGGACAAGUUAAUAAGUUUAUUUUAUUUUUUCCGACCUUUAUAUACUCCUUUUAUUAACAGAUUACCAGAUGUGUUACUAGUUCUUUUUUUUUUUUCUUCUUCAUAGUUAUACUUGGGCCUAUUAUGUUUUUGAUGGUUCGGUUCUUUCUGAAUACAACUUUAGGUUUUUCACCAUCUCUUAUACACAUGGUUUUGUUCUGGGAAAUAAUAGGCCAAUAUUUCCACAUGAUCUUCUUUAUUUUUGAUGCUGUAGAGUUGUAGGUGAUCAGAAAGAUUGGUAGUGACCUAUUUGAGUAUUUUUCCUUUGGUCCUUUUUUUGUCAAGUAAGUCUUCUCUGUUCGUGUUAUGAACUUCAUAAAACAUUUUUUGCAGAUGUCGAUAGUCCUAAUGUUUUUGUACGAACGGAGUUGUAAGAUUUAGAAAUUCUUGCUCUAAUUCUUUGGGUCUUCUACAGUUUAUUUUGAUCCUCAUAUAUUGACUUUUUGGGAUGUUUUGAAUCCAUCCUGGUUGGUGUGCACUUCUGGCAUCUAAAAAACAGUUGCAAUCAACCUCCUUGUGAUGAUUUUUAGUUUGGAGAUUUCCAUCUUUAUCCAGGAAAUAUUCAGAUCCAGGAAGGUGAUGUUUGUUCUACUGGCUUCAUGGGUGAAUCGUAACUUCAUAUUAUUGAAGUUUGUAUGGUCUAUAAAUUUAAGUAGAUGUGCCUCUUCUCCUCCCUGCCAUGCCAGUAUGAUGUCAUCAGUGAAUCUUUUGUAGAACAAAAAUUGAUCACAAAACAGAUUGUUCUAAACAUAUUGGCUUUCCCACCAUCCCUUAGUCAGAUUAGCAUAUCAGAGUCCUAGUUUUGUCCCCAUAGCAGUCCUAGUUGUUUGCAUGUAAAAUUGCUUCUCUGCUCACUACUAUUGGAAGGAUUCUGUAAUAUCCACAUACACAGGAUUGCAAUGAUAAAUAUAUCUGCAAUUUUAACCACAAGGACUUAUCUUACAGAUCAAGGAAUAAUUGUGCAGCACCAAGUUUCAAACUUUUAAGUCUGUUAAUGUUUUUGAAUUUCUCACUCCAUACUUUUCAGCUUAUGAAUAUAUUAAUGUAUGCUUUAUGGAUAUAGGUUUCAAUGUGUUAAUUGUCUAAAUUACCUUUUAUUUAAAAUUAAAUAUAGUAGUCUCAUUUCCUCUUUGCCUUCUUUAGGCUAUAUCUACUAAAAUUCUUCCUUUCCCACCCUCCACCCCUUUUAUACCAUUACCAAUAUCUCUGUGUGUGCAAUGUUUCAAGCUGAAAUACUCCACAUACUGACUCUUGCCACCAUGGCCACUUUAAAUCACUGGUUAUGAUAGUUCGAGUAACCCUUUAACAAGGAAGCCUUGGAAAAACACUCAUGCAUUUUUUGUUUUAACUGCAUUGUUCAUAUGCAUUAAAAAUAAAUAUUUUGUAACCUAGAAUUUCCCUUAAAAUCCUUCCUUAAGUACUCAAAAUAAACAAACAUUCUGGUAUUCUGAGUUUAGUGCUGGAACAGGAAAUAUGUUUUUCUGCUUUCAUAUAUUUCUGGGCAUUGGGUAAAAAUUGGUAUUUUCUGCCUGUGGAUAAUUAAGUUAUUCCAUUAGCUAGCUUAAUUAAAUCACAGGCAGAGGGGAGGGCUUGCUGACUGUAUGUGGGAGUGUUACUGUGUUAAUUAUUGUUCCCAUUGGUUUGUGUCCCUUUUGUCCCUGUGUACCAUCAGGUCCAGGGGGUGUGCCUCUGGCCUGAAAAUGUGUAUAAAAGAAAUGCCUUUGUGCUCAAUUAAACCAGACUAUUUCACCCUCAAUACUGAGUUCUCUCUCUUAUUGGGGGAAACUGCUAUAGGCGGCUUACUACAUCACAGCAUCUAAAUAUUUUAUGGCAGAAAAAGCCAACAGUAUUAUGACAUUCACUGUUAAAAUGCCAAGCUUAACUUGAAAAAUACCCCACUUUUUUAAUUUCUCCCUAUUUUUAAGGUUUUAUUCAUAUUAAAUUGUGUUCCUUAUACACGUAUUUGAUGUAAAAUGAAACUCUAAUUUCUCCUGAACAAAAUGAUUCAUAACUAUGGGUACACUUAAUAUGAACGAGGUAAAUUAUGGGUAAACCAACAUAUCUCAAAUUCUAGCUUUUGUUUUGGUUCAGAAUUUGGACAAUUGCCUUCAUCCUUAAGGGAUUAAAGACCUUGAAAGGAAUAUAUACAUCCUAUCAAAGUAAAUAUUCAGCUUCCUGGUUGAGUGAGUUGCACAUAGCUUAGUCUUAGAAAGCAAAGCACAGCAUUUCACACUGGGAUUGUGCACUAUGUAUUGUUGGUAAUAACGCAUACUGUGUAGUGUGUAAAGCAUAUCUUUAGCAGUUUGGCUGUAACAAUUAUUUGAUAAAAUGUCAGUCAUUUUUCUAGAACAGGUGCAUUUUCAUUAGUUUCAUAAGUAAAUAUCCAGUUUACAUUGGAAAGCAUGGAAUACAUGCAUACCUCAGAAGCAUUUUUGCAUUUCAUGUAUCUAGCUCCAGAUGAUAUACUUGGGAAUGCAUUUGAAAUGGGUUUCUGUAAGGCCAGCCAAUAACUGCAUACUGUUGGAUGAUGAUACCUGGAAGCAGCAAUGAUAAGAAAGAUUCUUUGUUUCAUAAAGCUCUUUAUUUCUUCUGGGUUUUAAUAUAUUUUAUACCUACUCAACCUGGAGUCCACUUUGAUCUUUUUUUCUUUUGUUAUUUCAAGCUUUUUCUGUCACUUUUUUUCUUCUUCUAUUCUAACACUAAUCAACAAUAUUUGCUCUGUUUUACGUGAAAUCCAUUUUUAAUUUUAAUAGUUAAAAUUAAAAAAAAACUUUCUUCAAUCUUUUAUCCCAUAGGUAGAAGAGAUACGCAAUUGCAUUACUAAAAUAUCAGAAAAUGUAGAGGAAGUGAAAAAGAAGCAUAGCAGAAUAUUGUCUGCACCCCAUCCUGAAGAACGUAAGGCCUUGAUUAUUGUGUAAUUCUUUUACUUUGCAAAAUUGACAAACUUUAGGAUUAUCUUUUCUCCCCCUUUUUCAUAAUAUGUGCUUGCUUUUUCACCUGUGUCACUGGAGUGUGCUCUCUGUGUCGCCAGUAUACAUUCUCUGUCAUGUAUGUGUGGUAAAUACUGGUAGUGUCUUGUGUGCUAACUGUGGCAUGUGAAUGUGGUUAGUAUUGACUGUGCUUGUGUGUGUGCUGGAUGUGGCUGUGAUGCACUAAAAACACAUAUGCAGAAUCUAGCAGCACACUGAUGCAUACAUUUACCAGCACUCACUGACCCAUUUAAAAGCACACUGACACACAAAUCCAAUAACACGCUCAGACUGACAGACACCCCACAGAUUACCAGCAUUUGAUUUGCAACCUGUCUCAUAAGCUCCUUGCCUGUUAAUAGUGUUUUCUGCCUGGAUAAAACAUCAUGCUGAAUCCCGGCAGCCACUAGUCCUAGGCGUUGUGAGGAACGGUUGACUGGUGCCACUCCUCAUACUUCCCUUUUGAGCCAUCAAGGGAAUACCUGAGAGAGUUUAGCAGUCCUGUAUGUAAGCCUGCCUAAGAAACAUGUUCUUAACUAUACCAUCAGAUAUACCGCCUGCUGUUUUUUUCUGACUAGAGUGCCAAAACCCAAGUAUCUAUCUGAAGCCCUGCUCAGAGAUGUGCUACUCCGCAUGCGCUACUAUCACAUUAAAAAAAGUCCUGUCACAUGGUCGUUCCAAUAAAGAUCUCCCCAGCGACUAAAGAUGUGCAAAUUUUAGCAGACCUAUACACUACUACACUGAGGAAAAAAAAGGAAAGCUUUCAUCCAGUAACAGAAGUACUUAGAAAACACCAAAUAUCUUAUUAAUGGGACUUUCCUACUAAACUGGUUGUGCUACGAACUGACAAAUGGUUAGACCUAUAUCUGCAGAAGACCCACUUCCCUAAAACCAAGAUUCCUACAGUCAGACCCUUCUUACCCCCACCAAUUUUAUGCUACAGCCAAAACAAAAUCAAAAGGAGUAUCUAUCCUUAUUACCAGACCUGUAGCUUUCACUCUACAAGUUUAUAAUAGGACUGGAUGCUAGAUAUGUGAUCACAUCUGCGUUUAAUGAACAGCCAUACACUUUGUUCAACUUAUAUGCCCCAAACACCAACCUAAAGGGGUUUUCUGGAAAAAUUCAGACCGAUACGAUCAAACCAGGCAUGUUUCUCAUUGAGGGAGAUUUUAAUUACAACUUAGACACACAGUUAGACACCACAACAUUACCUCCUAUACCAAGGUGUAGAACCCUUAAUAACUUGUUGGCAGAAAACGUAUGAUUUCUGUCGCACUUCAUACCCACAGGAAAGAGAAUUUACUUAUUAUUCUACGUGGCACAACUCUUACUCAAGCAGUAAGAUUUCCUCACAACGGUUACUGCACUAGAACAGAUCAUAGACUGUUCUUUUAUAGAUUCAGCAGAAUCGUCUAAUCAUGCCAGGGUAAUACUUAAUAUCAAGAAUUCUUUUGACUACAGAGGUGGGGCUCCAUUGAGAUUAAGUUAAUCUCAAGUGGGAGACCCUUCCUUUGUGGAAAAAUUUGAAUCUGAUCUAAAACUCUACUUUUAAACCAAUGCAUCCCAACAACAUGACGCCUCAACUGUGUGGUCAGCUCGUAAUCUGUGUAUACAAGGCCUUCUCAUUCAAUAAGUCUUUACACUCAAAUGAAAGUAUGUCAGAGUUGAUCGACUGGAAGAAACAAUUUCAGGACUUAACAAGAUGUAAUAAGGGAACACUGAAUCCUAAGGAAACAGUUAAAAUUAAAGAGCUCUCAGUUAACAUUAAUGCCAUGAAUCUCCAGCGGGUCGGAUGUCAACUCGAAAAAUGCUAUGCAUGCAGGGAAACCAAGCAGGAGAGAGUUGUUAUUUAUUUAUUUAUUUAUUUGCAGCUAAACUAAAAUCCCGUCAUGCCCAACUCAAAAUUCCCUACAUACUUAAUUCUUCAAACCAAGAGAAAUUGGGAAUGUGUUCACAAAUGGUUAUAGCCAACUCAUACAUUUUAAAAAUGAUACAGAAACUCAUUACGACACUUGAGGGGAUAUCUCAAUAUUUAGAAUCCGUCUCUCUCCCAAAAAUAUCAAUCCAUCAACUAGACUGCCAAGUUGCACGAGAGAUACACAGAAUACAGCAGGAAUUCAGUGCUAAUCAACACACAAUAUAUGCAGAAUGGGAAGCAACCCAAGAGAUAUGUUGCACAAUUAACGAACGAGCUAUUUAAUACUUAUUACUAAAAAAUGUAACCACAUAUUGGCGCCACGCCUGGCCAACAUGUUUGAUGAAUCUGUUACGUAAGGUGGAUUGCAGGUGGAAAUAUUGCACGCCCAUGUGGUAACACUUAGGGGCAUUUUGUCAACGAUCAUCCAUGAAGUAGGUUUCGUGGGAGGUAGACGAGGAGCUGAACGUUCGAGGAAGGUAUUAAAUGUAAUGUACACACUAGACCGAAACAGGAAAGAUUUAUACUAUUUUUGGAUGCCUAAAAGGCAUUUGGUCACCUACAUUGGACCCUCCUUGAGGGUCUACGUAAAUUUGCCUUUCCAGUGAGGUUUCUAUACAACAAGCUAUCUUCCAGUAUGUUCAUGUCAGAACCCUUUACGAUAACAAAUGGUACCAGGCAUGGAUGCCCCAUGUCUCAUAUUUCCUAGCGGUAGAACCCUUGGCACAAUCAAUACAUCCGGAUCCUAACAUCCAUGGUAUCACACUGGGAGAUAAGUCUAUAAGAUGAACCUGUUUGCAGACCACAUAUUUACUAACUCUUACACAACCGUUACGGUCACUGCCAAACCUAUAGACUGAGAUACUGAAACAAAGUCCGCACAUCUAGUUUAAAUUGAACAUGAUCAGAAAUCAAGCUAUGGGGCUUAACUUGACUCAAGAAAUAACUGAAGGCAGUGUUUUAAUUUGAUUGGAGGACUGCUUAUAUAACUUUUUGGGUAUUAAGUUGAUAAAAAAAAAAGAUUUCGAGAAAUUAAAGUGCCAGGAAAACAAAGCUGAACUUUAGCCUAUUGUCAAAGAAGCAUCUUAGAAAAAGUGGUUGUGAUGCACCCAAGUUAUAGAUCUCCAUAAUGAGUAACCAUUGAAUCAUUUUGGUCUGUUAAACAGGUUUUGCACCAACUAUUUUGGAUCCCCAAAGAAAAGAUACUGGACUCCAAUAGUAUCUCCCCACAACAUCCUUAACUCUUGUGGUAUGAAAUAAAACAUUAAUGUACAAAGUUCUAUAUCCUUAUCAAUAGCAGCUCCAAUACAGAUGCUAGACCACUUAAUAUCUACUUUUCCCAACAGACCCUGGAAUAGCUUGGCAUCACACACUUGUACAUGUUAUUUUGUAAGGGAACAUUUUAAACUCUUCCACCGCAUAUCAGAUUAAUUUAACACAUUUAAUUUAUCUUUAAUUUUCUACCUAAAACUAAAAUUCUUCUGAAGCUUUUCUGUACCUUGACCUGACAAAGACAUCCAUAGAUGGGAUGUGUAUAGAUAGAUAAUCUAAUCGCAAACUACUAUCAUAAGGAUAUGGGUAGCUGAUGACAGAAAAGGGGGGGGGAUUGUUGUUUGCCAUGGUAUGGCAAGUGACAGACUUCAUGCACAUCUCUCCUCGAAAUAUGUAGGAAGGUUCUAUAGAGGUUGUACCUAGCACCAGCAAGGUUGUCACAUUUAGGGGGCUAAUUCUCCUCAUGCUGAGAUGCAGGAGGGCUUGUGGUAUAAUGUAUCUAAUGGCAAUGCAAGUUGGUAUAACCCUUUUGGCUUAGAGCAAUGCGUAAUCGGGUGAAUAUCGAACCAUCGAUAGAAUUAUGCCUUUUCCUGAUAAUCCCAUAGAAUAUCCCCAAGCAGCAAAAGAGAAUUGUUUCACAUCCUGGUUUUGUGCAUCACACUUGGCCAGACUCUGGAAACAGACACUUGUACCACUUGAAACUGACAUUAUAGGUGAAGUUACACUCACAGGAGAAUAUGAAUGCAUGAUGACAUCCCAGAUAGACACUCUCCAAACAAUAACACAUUUCUUUUUUUAGAGAACCGAUCAAUAACGCAGCCUAAGGACACAAAAUGAAGCUUAGGAUACGUAUGUAUGAAGCUUGAAUACGUUCGGGCCAGGAGCACAAAUCUUAAUUCCUGACCCUAUAGUGUUAAAAACCCAUCUUAGCUGCUGCCCGAAAAAUGCAGUGUUCUAAACUGAUACUUGUAUGUAUUGAACUCAAUAUAUGUAAAUUUAAUAGAUUUAAAAACUAAUUGGAGUGAAAUAUAUGCAUGGUGUGUGGUAUUGUCAGGACUCCUUUUAAAGAGAUUGCUUCCUGCUUUUAUUGUCUCCCUAAGUUAUCUUGGGCGUGGCAUUGUGCUGGGAGAUCACUGUGGUGCUUUUCUGGUGACACAAAGCUAACUUUAUCAGCAGCAGUAACUGUUCCCUUAAGAUAUGAUACAUGUUUUUAUUACACUACAUCCUGAACGUUUGUACCUGUUCACAACAGAGUAUAUAUUUCCUUAACAACCGUGACAUGAAAAGCCUGUAAAAUUAACUGGAUGGAAUACAUUGCCAGCCUCCACCCUUUCCUCUUGAAUAAAAAUGCAUCCUUUUUUUUUUUCCUUCCUUUUCUCUUUGCAUUGAAAGAGUACCAACAUAGAUAUAUUAAUAAAAAGGAGCAUGCCACAGCAUUCGAAAUAGAAUAAAAAUUCACUUUUUUAUUUUUAAUUUCAUUUCUCCACCUUCCUCUGCAAAUUAUUUAAUUUACUUACUCUGUACUCACUAAUUUAUUGAAGUUACAAUGCAUAACCCAUGUAUCAUCGUAAAACAUUGCCAUCGAGUUCUGGAUAGAUGUUUGCGAUUUUCCAAAUACCUAAAAUUCAGCAGCUCUGAAAUAAUGUGCUUCGCAUUGAAUUAUGCUGCCAAAUUGUGGUUAUGAAGAAUCAUGCAUGAGUGACAUUAUCUACUGUGCAAUAUGGGUUUUAAAAACUGUAAGUAUAUCAUGAGAUAACUGGCACUUACACAGGCUCUGAAAAUUAUGCAGAAUUGCUCCCACAUGGACAGUGAUUUUAGCAGCAACGUUUCGACUCGGUCUUUUUCAAGCUGCUAAGCUUUGGAGUGCAUGGACCUUUCUUUGCAGAAAAAUCAAUAUAAGUGUUGGAAAUAUUUAGUUGAGUACUGAUUUUAUCUUUCUGCUGCAUUAAGAAAAUUCUAAAUAGCUGUAAUAAAAUAAAUAUAACAAAAAAUCCGUAUUUACCAAAACAAGUUUGAACAAAUUAUUGAUAGGUUACAUAAUUGAUUAUAGAAAGUUUAUACUAUUAAUACUGUAAAACCUUAUAUACCAGUAAACACUGCAUGAUGGAAAGACAUGUGAUUUAUGGCACAUACAAAAGGCUCUAGUAGUGUAUUAAGAAAGCAUAAAAUGUGACUACAGCCUUCGAAAAGAAUACUGAUCUGCAGCUUUGGAGUCAAAAGACGGUAGAAUACCUUUUCCUGCACUUUGCCCAAGGAAUGUGAACCUACUGCUCUCUGUUUAUCUGUCAAGCUAUUAUGAUAAAUCAUUGAACAGUAAAAAGAAGAAAAACCAUCAACAAAACUCCCAAAACACAACACACAUUCACAAACUUUUUAUUUACAAAGAAUGUAUCAGAACGUACCAGAAUGGGUAGGACAUCAGGUGAAACAUGCUUAAAUUUUUUACUUGCUUCAAAUCAAUGGCAGACUAACAUUGCCAUCACAUGGAUUCCCCCCUCCCUCUCCCCAUGUUGCUAUGGGUGAAAUAGACACAAUUACACUUGUAUGUGUAUCCAUCUCCCUGUUCUGUCACCAUAUCUGGUUGGGAUUGAGAUGGUUAACUUGCACCAUGUAGCGCCAAGUAGAUAAACCCAAGGCACUGUUUAGGAUACUUAAAAGUGUUUAUUUCAAACUAUUCUUAAAAGCGGUGUUGGAUCUCUGUACAGACAUUACUGAAAAUAAGAAAGAAUGCUAGAUUUUUGUGUGUGCAAGAUCUAGAUCUCAUUAAUUGGUUUUAGUAUGCAGAGUACUCUGGCGCUGUCCCUUCAGUCAGUUUUAAAACCCUUUCUCUGAGACAAAUCUGAUUGAAAAAAUAAAAUAAAAUAAAGCCACAACACCAGAUUAAUGAUAACAUGAAAGUUUAUUCCACCAGCUUGGACCCAGAAACAUUUCAAUUUGGGAAGGUCUUUCAACGGCCUGAUAAAGAAAUUCACAGGUUGAAAUGUUGCUGGGUCCACUUAGGUGGAAUAAACUCUCCUGUUAUCAGUCUGGUGUUGCAGCUUUUAUAUUUUUCCUAGAGUUGGGGGACAUAGUGGGAGGCUCCAUUAGCAUGCACCCUGCCACAACCUUUGGUGCGCCAAACCCUCUAAUUGUUUGUGUUCAUCUGAUUUGAAGUAAUUGAGCAUUAUCUAAAAAUAUAAAAAUUAACAAGUAAAAUUGGUGUGCAGUAUUACCUAGAACAGCUGAAAUUAUUCAUUGUUUGAAUCUACUUGAAACAUUGUACAAAAAGUUAUUAAUAGAUGGUAUUUUGUCCCCACAAGAUUAGCCAAUAUGUAUAGCUCGUGCUCACCAUUAUGUUGGAGAUUCAAACAGAAGUUGGGCUCUUUUUUUUUUUUUUUCAUUCUUUAUUUUUUAAUUUUUACAUUUAAACAGGAAUAGUAACUAGUAGUGAUACAUUAAUGUUGCAAGUUCAUAGCUUACAAUGAAAUAAACAGUGACCCCCGAGGUCCUAGCCCAUGUGACCUACGAUUCUUUCGGUUGGUCUUGUAUGGGUUUUUAGGUUUGCUUCAGCUGUUCAUCCUGUCUGAAUCUAAGCCCCAGGGUCUAUUUGAUAGCUAUAUGCCCAGUUAGUUUGACCUGACCCGGUGUUUCACCUUCUUUGUUCACCCCAGUGGUGGUGAUCUUUAUAAUUAGUGUUAUGCUCGGGUGUCAGUGAUCUAGCUUACUUGUGUCGUGUGUGGGGUAGGUGCGGGCCUUGGUCCCAUCCGCUUCUCGGUGUGGCACCGGGCUGGUCCCCUCGCUCUCCCCACCUUAGCCCUUUCAUUAUGGAGUUGGGCUCUUUUAUACAUAUUUGGUGGGAAUGUGAGAUUGUCAAAAAUUUCCAGCCAUAGUUUACUCACAUUCUCGAAAAUCUAAUCUCUAAGCCUAUUCCUAAAUCUCCAGAAAACGCUAUUUUACAUUUAAAUAUCGAAUCUUUAUACCAGAAGGACUUGACUAUUUAUAUUGAUUUUAUGGUAAAGAUAACAAUAGCCAGGAACUGGAAAAAUUACCUUUUUCUUCAGAUAAGCUGUUAUCUCAAGUUAAGUUUCAACUGGGAAUGGAAUCACAGUUGGACAAGAUAUAUGGCAAAGAUCUGAAGAAUAAAGACUAUAGUACUUUUUGGUUAGAGAAACUAUAACGAGAGAUUAUGGCUGAUCCUGAGUGACAGAGUAUCCAGGCCACAGCCAAAUUUAAACUGGCAGAUUUUCCGCAUACUGACUCAAAGGCGAGCCUGGAACUCUGAGAUCAAACCAUAUAGCUCCCUAUUGUUCUCCUCUCGGCAUGAAAUUUGUCAUAUUUGUUUGUUGUGUUAUGACUUUUAUAUGAAUGUGAUGGAUUUUUGAAUAUUAAUGUUUUGUGUAUGAAAAGUCAUUGUUUAUUUUGUCCCUUUGGAAGUAUAGUUGAAAUACAAUAAAAUAUAUUUAAAAAAAAAUAAAAAAAAAUAAUUGAGCAACAGCCACUAGAGGCAUGUAAACUUUGCUAUCGCUGCAGAAUGCCAAUUUUUUUUUUACCACACAGCAUUGGAAGAUGAGAGGGAAAAUGAAAAACAAAUGUCGCUGCUGAUAAUGCAGAUGGAGGCAUGUCUUUCAGAGGGGGCAUGCAAUUUUCAAACACAUACUAAGUUGUUUUCAGCUGUUGUAACCAGUCAACGUGCAUUGAACAAGGGCCGAAUAUUGAGAUCUUAUCUUUGCUAGUAUGUCCUGGUGACCGUUUUAUGUGGCUGUGGGUAAGUGGUAGGGGUACAUGACAGGAACACAGAGCAGGAUUAAUCUUUUUAGGUGACCUAGGCUGGAGCCCAGGAUCUAUUAUUUUGUUUGGCCCCAUUCACCAUUCCUAUACGAAGAAUGAAAGGGGUAGGGCAAACUGGUUGCCUGCUUGGGGCCCUGUGAGAUACUAAUUAUCCUCUGCAGGAAAUAUGCAUUGGGACCACAUUCUACAGAUCUAUCCAUUUCCACAAGACUGAAUCUUUAUCCCAGGGCAAACUACCAAAUCUAUGUUUCCUUGGAGUAUGCCCAUAAACCAGAUUCUUGUUAGAUGUGCUUAUGCUACUAUGUUUUCAUUGUGAUCUUCCCUUUUAAAUUGAACUUAAUAUGUUUUUGAUUAAAAGUUUUGUUAACAUAUGCUUCCUGGUAUAGGAUUUUCAAACCUGGACACUUAAAGGAUCACUAUAGUGUCAGGAAAACAAAGCGUUUUUCCUGACACUAUAGUGCCCUGAGGGUGCCCCCAUCCUCAGUGUACCUCCCGUAGCAGCUUACCUUAAUCCAGUGCUGGGCUCCCUUGGUGCUGGUGACCUCUCCUCCCCCUUCCAACGUCAGCGGAGCCAAAUGCGCAAGUGCCACGUGCGGAUUCAAAGUGUCCAUAGGAAAGCAUUUCUCAAGGCUUUCUCAUUGACGUUCUGCGCGAUGGAGGCGAAAUGUGCCUCCAGCAUCACAGAUGCGCCUCUAGUGGCUGUCCAGAAGACAUCCACUAGAGGCUGGAAUAACCCCAAAUGUAAACAAGCAGACAGGGAGCAUUGGAGCAGUUAUCUUCCUGCAGCUCCUCUCUGCUCCCUCACGCGCUGUUUAGUGAUGCCGGGAGACUGAAUAGGACAUCACUCCAGCCUCAGCACCACAACAGAGAGCAUGCAGGGAAGCAGAGAGGAACUGCUUGGAAGAUUGGAGAGCAGCCCCACUUGGAGCCAGAAAAAGAACCACUCAGCUCUCCCAAAGGUUGGGAGGCUGGGUGGAUUUAGCUAAAAAAAAUAAAAAAUUAGCAACAUGUGUAUGUCAGUCAGUCAGUCAGUGUGUGCUUGUCAGUGUAUGUCUGUUUAGGUACCAGACCCCUCCAAUUGCAUGAGAAGGGUGUUUUUACUCUCCUUUUCUCUGAAAAGGCAAUGUUUACAUUGAAAAGCCUGCAGGAACAGGCUAUAGACAACAGAACUACAUUAAAAUGUGGUGACAUUGGUGUCCCUUUUUGCUCGUUGAAAAUUAAACUUUGUUAGUUUAAAAAAAACAAAAAAACUGGCUCCUAGAUUCAAAACUUAAAAAAAAUAAUCUUCAAGCCCUGGGUUAGUAUUAAUCGGCUUAAGUCAAUGUGAGUUAAGAAUCCUGUGUAAAUUGUGUUCAUAUUUCUUUCAGGAACGAAGGAAGAUCUUGAGAAUCUUAACAAAGAAAUUAAGAACGUUGCCAAUAAAGUGCGAACCAAGUUAAAAUGUAAGAUAGUACUUAUGUUGAUUUUCUAGCACCUUGCAGUGUGAAACCAAAUUUUUGCCAACUUCUCUAAAGAAGGAUCAUGUCUCAAUACGCAUCUACAAUGAAGACGUGCUUUAUUGCUUGUAAAAUGUGACUAAUCCAACAGGGGUAGCACUAUGCAAGUCAUUGACAGUUUUUUGUACCAGAUUCAGUGAAGCGCUUAAAUAUGUGGAUAAAACUUAAUAGUACCCUAGUUCAAACAAGAAAUAUAUUGAACUCCCAGAGCUAGGUUACAUUGGAACACUCACCUAUUCCAGAGCUAUAACCUAGCUCUGGGAGUUAUUUGCCUGUAGGUCCGUUUAGGCGACCUGCCUCUUUUUCUUUAUGAAGAGUAGUUUAGGAGUUUUCUUAUGUAUUCAGCAGUAGUAUGCAGUAUCUCAAGGAAAGAUAGAUAUAUAUAUAUAGAUAUAUAUAGAUAUAUAUAUAUAUAUAUAUAAUAUGUGUGUUUGUGUAUAUAUAUUGUGUGAUACCGUUUGUAACAAAUAUUUUCAUAUAAAUAGGUAAAAUACUCACAAGCCUGGAGCCUAGUAAUUGGUUCAGUUGAACAGCAGAGUAUGGUUAGGGACCAUACCACCCUUAGUUGUAGAAUGCAGGAACAUUGAUGGUAAAAAAAAAAAAUAUAAAAUAAAUAGAAGUCUAAAUUUUAAAAAGUAUAUACUUUAUUACAACUUACAAUUAAAAUAUCAAAAUAGUAAAAUCUCGGGUCUAUUUAUAUCACUAUUUGAUGUUUGAAUUGUAAGUUCAAUAUAUUCCUUGUUUGCACUAGGUGUACUAUUAAGUUUUAUGCACAUAUUUAAGUGCUCCACUGAAUCUGGUACAAAAAAAAUUCUAUCUUUAAUGUGCAUUUCAAUUCUCCAAAAAUCAUAUCACAUUGUGGUAGCAGCUAAGAGAUUAUUUUUUUUAGCACAGUCAGUCAAUAGAUAUAACACUUUAAUAAGCGCUCAUAUACCGUAUAUACUCGAGUAUAAGCCGAGUUUUUCAGCACAUUUUUUGUGCUGAAAAACCCCAACUCGGCUUAUACUCGAGUCACUGUCUGUAUUAUGGCAAUUUACAUUAAUUUACAUUGCCAUAAUACAGACUGGGGGCUGGCAGAGCUGUUACUUACCUCUCCUGCAGCUCCUGCCAGCUCCCUCCUCCUCCGCGCCGGUCCGGUCAGCACCUCGGUCAGCUCCCAGUGUAAGUCUCGUGAGAGCCGCGGGGUCAUAGUGCGGCUCUCGCGAGACUUACAGUGUGAGCUGACAGAAGAGCUGCACGGACCGGCGCGGAGGAGGAGAGAGCUGACAGGAGCUGCAGGAGAGGUAAGUAACAGCUCUGCCAGCCCCCCUCCUCACCCCACUGAACUGCCAAUGCCACUGGACCACCAGGGAAGGAGAGCCCCCCUCCCUGCCAUGUAUCAAGCAGGGAGGGGGACACACAAAAUAAAUAAAUUAAUAAUAUAUUAAUAAUAAUAAUAAAAAAAUAUAUAUAACAAAAAAAUUUAAUAAUAUUAAUUUAUAAUAUAUAAAUAUAAAUAAAAAAAUAAUUAAAAAAAUAAUAUAAACCAAAAAAAUUAAAAUAAUAAAUAAUAAUAUUUUUAUUUAUUUUAUUUUUUUAUAAAAAUGCCCAUCCCCCACCAAGGCUCUGCAACACAAACACACACUGCACUCAUACACACACACACUGCAUUCAUACACACACACACUGCACUCAUACACACACACUGCGCACUCAUACAUACACUGCGCACUCAUACAUACACACUGCAUCACACACGCACACACACUGCACUCAUACACACACACUGCAUUCAUAUACACACACACUGCAUUUAUAUACACACACUGCACUCAUACACACACACUGCACUCAUACACACACACUGCGCACUCAUACAUACACUGCGCACUCAUACAUACACUGCGCACUCAUACACACACACUGCAUCACACACGCACACACACUGCACUCAUAAACACACACACUGCACUCAUACACACACACUGCAUUCAUAUACACACACACUGCAUUUAUAUACACACACACUGCACUCAUACACACACACUGCACUCAUAUACACACACUGCGCACUCAUACAUACACUGCGCUCUCACACACACACUGCAUUCAUCAUAUACACACACUGUAAAUAAAUAUUCAAUGAAUAUAAUUUUUUUAGGAUCUAAUUUUAUUUAGAAAUUUACCAGUAGCUGCUGCAUUUCCCACCCUAGUCUUAUACUCGAGUCAAUAAGUUUUCCCAGUUUUUUGGGGUAAAAUUAGGGGCCUCGGCUUAUAUUCGGGUCGGCUUAUACUCGAGUAUAUACGGUACAUCAACUGUAUUAACAUGGUUUUUGCCUAAGUGGGAGUACAACUCUGUGAUCAUCAGUCCUGAUGCUCUUGGUCCAGUUACACGGACACUGUAGGCACCCAGACCACUUUAAGAGUAUACAAAAAAACAGAGAAAAAAGGCUGCGCCAAGAGGGAUAAAUAAAACAAAAGAAUUCAGUACAAAUAAAAAAACGUUCUGUGAAAGAUUUCCAGUUUUAGGUGGUGUCUCAACUGAUGUGGUGUCUUCUUUGUUAACAGUUGUCCAUCUCACGAUAUGAAAGACACAAUGGGAAAGAGCUAAUCGUGCAGAGUGUAUAAAUAAGAAAUGGUGAAGUUAAAAUAUAAAUUACACACUCACAUGUCCAUGAGCUAGGACCAGCUCUAGUAUGAUGGGCAUACAGCGGAUUGCCCUCCGCUUAUGGGUGUACUUGUCCUCCUGGGGAGUGCUGAUGUCCAAUUCUCAGGAAAAGAGAUAAAAACAGCCAAUAGUGCUCUCUGGUGAGGUAGUUAGUAUAAAAAAAAUAUAAAAUAAAUAAAAUAUACUCACAAGUAGAGUGCAGGCCUUUCUGCACUCUAUAUAUCGCGUGGGUGGUAUGAUCCCCACCUUAGGAUAUGCCAGGAACAGUGAAUAAGGAUAAAAUAGUAUAAAGAGGUAAUAUAUGUAAAAUAAUUUAUUAAUACAAUAUAUUAAAACCAAUAACGCGUUUCGCCGUAGAGGCUUUAUCAAAUUGGAAUAGUGUUAGUACCUGGCACAUAAAGAGUAUAUAUAGCUUAAACAUACAUUCAAAAAUUGGCGCUUAAAAACGAUCACCAAUCAAAACUGAACAAAAUGUAAAUAAGGAAUACAUAAACAAAAAUAAAAAGUAAUGUACAAUAUUGUUAUAUUAAAACAUAGGAUGGUGUAUAUAUAUAUAUAUAUAUAUAUAUAUAUAUAUAUAUAUAAAUAUCAAUUAAAAACGAGGGUUUUUUAAUAUAAAACAAAAGCAAGUUUAAAAUACAAUAUCCGUGCGUGUCACGUGACCCGCAAUGCACUCUGGGAUCUGUAGUGCGCCGGGCCACGUGACCGCAUGUGGUUUAUCGAUGUGCAUACAGUCCGUGCGGCCAGUGUGGAAGAGGACGGCAGGGCGGGAUCAAGCUGUGUCACGUGACCCGCGGCAUCACACAACACCAAUACCCGCGGGUCAUGUGACCAGAGCCGCAUGGGUGAUGGGAAAUGUAGUACAUAGGCUCAUUAGCAAAAAGAAUAUAAUUUAAAUGGAGAAAUACAUGAAAUAGUAUUAUAGUUUAGAGAUAAAAAGAAUGUGAGACUUGGGUAAAAAUAAAUAAAGCUAAAAAUGGGGUCUAUAUUAAAAAGAUCCACCUUAUUAAUACCCACAGAAAGAAUUAAAAAUAAGCAAAUUAUGUAUAUAUGUAUAUUUACAGUCUCAAAAUAAUGAUAACAUGAGUAAAUAAAUAAAAUCAGAUAACUUAAAAACAAACAGCACUAGAUCUAUGGAAAUGAUACCAGUAAUAAAAGACAAAUAAAUUAGUAAAAUCCAGAGAAAAAAAAAUAAAAAAAAAAAUAUUUAAGAUAAAAGACAAUGCAGUUAUAAAAAAUUAAAUAAAUCAAAAUCUACAUUUAGACCUUGGGGUGUUAAGUUUUGUAGAUUAAAUACCCAUUCCAUCUCUGAUCUACCGAGAAUAUUUUUUAUAUUGCCGCCUCUCCAAGGUAUUACGCAUUACUGGAUACCUAAACAUUUGAGAAAUUUAGGAUCUUGAUUGUGCUUAAUAAAGUGCGGGUCACGUGACAUCCCAGAGUGCAUUGCGGGUCACGUGACACGCACGGAUAUUGUAUUUUAAACUUGCUUUUGUUUUAUAUUAAAAAAACCCUCGUUUUUAAUUGAUAUUUAUAUAUAUAUAUAUAUAUAUAUAUAUAUAUAUAUAUAUAUAUAUACCAUCCUAUGUUUUAAUAUAACAAUACUGUACAUUACUUUUUAUUUUUGUUUAUGUAUUCCUUAUUUACAUUUUGUUCAGUUUUGAUUGGUGAUCGUUGUUAAGCGCCAAUUUUUGAAUGUAUGUUUAAGCUAUAUAUACUCUUUAUGUGCCAGGUACUAACACUAUUCCAAUUUGAUAAAGCCUCUACGGCGAAACGCGUUAUUGGUUUUAAUAUAUUGUAUUAAAUUAUUUUACAUAUAUUACCUCUUUAUACUAUUUUAUCCUUAUUCACUGUUCCUGGCAUAUCCUAAGGUGGGGAUCAUACCACCCACGCGAUAUAUAGAGUGCAGAAAGGCCUGCACUCUACUUGUGAGUAUAUUUUAUUUAUUUUAUAUUUUUUUAUACUAUCUACCUCACCAGAGAGCACUAUUGGCUGUUUUUAUCUCUUUUCCUGAGAAUUGGACAUCAGCACUCCCCAGGAGGACAAGUACCCCCAUAAGCGGAGGGCAAUCCGCUGUAUGCCCAUCAUACUAGAGCUGGUCCUAGCUCAUGGACAUGUGAGUGUGUAAUUUAUAUUUUAACUUCACCAUUUCUUAUUUAUACACUCUGCACGAUUAGCUCUUUCCCAUUGUGUCUUUCAUAUCGUGAGAUGGACAACUGUUAACAAAGAAGACACCACAUCAGUUGAGACACCACCUAAAACUGGAACUCUCUCACAGAACGUUUUUUAUUUGUACUGAAUUCUUUUGUUUUAUUUAUCCCUCUUGGCGCAGCCUUUUUUCUCUGUUUUUUUUGUAUACUCUUAUUGUAGAGGGUUAGAGGGUGACCCCCUAUAAGGCUGCUGCCUUUUAUUAUUAGCGCUAACCGUUUUUACUUUUUUUGUGCACCCAGACCACUUUAGCUCAUUUGGUUUGGGUCCCAACUCCCAUCACCCUUAACCCUGCAAGUGUAAUUAUUGCAUUUUUUUUAUAAACUGCAAUAAUUACCUUGCAUGAUUAAAGGAUCACUAUAGGGUCAGGAACACAAACAUGUAUUCCUGACCCUGUAGUGUUAACACCACCAUCUAACCCCUCUGGGCCCCUCAUGCCUCCAUAAAUAUAGUAAAAAUCUUACUAUAUUCAAACCUGAAGCUGUAACUCUGCAUGCUGUUUGCCUCAGAGAAACAAGCAGUCUGCUGACGUGGUAGCCUGAUCCAGUCACAGUGCUUCCCCAUAGGAUUGGUUGAGACUGACAGGGAGGCAGAUCAGGGGCAGAGCCAGCAUGAUUCAAACGCAGCCCUGGCCAAUCAGCAUCUCCUCAUAGAGAUGAAUUGAAUCAAUGAAUCUCUAGGAGGAAGUUUCAGUGUCUGCAUGCAGAGGGAGGAGAUCCUGAAUGUUUGGAAGCAUUUUAGGCAGUCAUGACCCAGGAAGGAUCUCUAACAGCUAUCUGAGGAGUGGCCAGUGAAGUUGUCACUAGGCUGUAAUGUAAAUACUGCAUUUUCUCUGAAAAGACAGUGUUUACAGCAAAAACCCUGAAGGUAGUGAUUCUACUCACCAAAACAAAUUCAAUAAGCUGUAGUUGUUCUGGUGACUAUAGUGUCCCUUUAAGUCCUCCUCUAGUGGCUGUCUGCCACUGUCUGCACGAGGACCUCCAGCAUCACCGGAAGGGCUUUGGCGCCGGAUUUAGGUAAGUGGCUUCAGUGACAUGGAAUGGCGGGAGGGAGAGGGCCACUGCAGGAUUCUCUAGUGCCAGGAAAACAGGUUUGUUUUCCUGGCACUAGAGAAUCCCUUUAAGAUAUUUUUAUAGGGAGGCAUUGGAGAUCUAUGGUGCACUCUGCAAAACCUUUGCUACUUGAGUAGCAUUAUAGCUCUUGGGCAUUAUCAUGCUUUUGCGUGAUGACACUGAACUUGAAUAUAUUAAAAGAACUUGAGUAUGUCUUUAGAACUAGAACAGCUGAUGCUGUUUCGGACUAACUAGCACUAGAUAGGGACAGCUACUGCACUCUCAAAUCGUGUGUUUACAUAAACAUAAGAGACACAAACGUCUAGGUCACUGUAUGUUAAAGAAAGGAAAUUGACAUCAGUAACGUAGAGAACACUCAGGACACUCACAUUAAGAUUAACCUAAAAAAAAAUUGAUGUUGGGACAGUGUUCAUUUUGUCGACUAACAAUCUGUCUCAUUUUAGUUGACUAAAACAAUUCAGAUGACUAAAACUAAAUUGAAAUUUGUUGCCAAACUAACACUGUGUUGGGGGCAACAAAUACUCUUUAUAACUAAUGCAGACAAAGGUGUACUCAGUAAUUUUAUUUAUUUCAAAUUUACACAAAAUGUGCUACACAAUUGAAUAUUUCAUGAAAAUAAACACUUUUAUGAAAUACUCGCAUUGACUGUUAGCUUGAAUGCGUGAAGUUUCAGUGAAAUUCUAUCAUAAGACAUAGUAGGAACUAUAUAGUUGUAUGCAUUUCUCCUACACUUGACAAAAGUUUACCAAAAGCUAACGCUGUCACAUGUUUUCCCUCCCCCCAAGCUGUCAACAGUGAGAGUUAUGGUGAAAAUGGCAUUGUCUAUGGAGUCUUGCAGGAUCUUCCAUAGACAUCAGUAUUUUAUUCAAACAUGUGUGCGAAAGUACGGCACUGAUGUGGGCUUCCAGGAGAUGGACAUCUUCAGGUGUAUAAAGCCUACCUGCCACGAUACGGCAAGCAGCAAUGCCACUAUCGAGUGUCUUUGCAAAAUAUGCAGAUUCCAAAAGGUGACAGAGCUGCUUUAAAGCAACAUUUGUUACAAAGAUGCUGUGACCUUGAACAACUUCUAGUACACUUGUGGUGAUGCAGUUUUGUGUUUUGGUUUCUUUCUAUGCCUGAUGUAACAUUUGAUCUACAUAUUUUACAGGUAUUGAACAAACAAUUGAGCAGGAUGCACAUUCCAACAGAUCCUCUGUCAAUUUACGAGUUCGGAAAACUCAGGUAUUGUUUCAGUAAAUAUUUCAAUAAUAAUAAACAAUGUUAUUAAAGAAAAAUGGAAAAAAAUAUGCUAAAAUAAGAUCCACAAUUAUGUUACAAACUGGGUAUGUAUGAUCCAAUAUUCCACUGGAUUUGAAAGAUGAAAGCACACUUCAAUAGUGCUCACUGUAUCCGAACAGAAGCUACUGUACUCUACCAAAAGAUUAAAAACCCUAAAUAAUAGCCAUUACCUCUGACGAAGUGGCUCUUUCUACACAUGAAAGGCAUUGGGCUGUUCCAUUGCUCUCAGUGGAAUGUGGUGAGAGCCUGUAGGCGGAGUACAGUGUAAUGUACAGUACAGUAAAUCUCAGUCAUGUGAUGCGGAUGCCAACAGGAAAGCAUUGAUUACAAUGCUUUCCUAUGGGAAAGCUUGGAUGCUCUUGCCAAGCAUCAUGUCCCCAAUGCUCCUCAGAUGAGUAGCUUAGGAUUGAACCAUUGCCAGAGGAGGCCAUGCCUUGCCUAUGAUGUCGAUGGAGGCGGGAGGUGAGAAACGCCGAUGGGAGCAUAGGCACUGGAAACAGGUAAAUACAUCUUUUGUUUUAAUUAUUGUGAAGGGGGGACCUGUAUAUACCAAGAGAGAGGGGCACUAUAGCAUUAAUAAUACUGGUUUGUGUUCACUACACCAUUGUUUUCCUUGUAAAGACAAACCAAAAAAAAAUAAUCUAAAUUUAGUAGAUAUACCCCAAUGAAAAACAUGAAUGCAUUUAGUUAGAAACAUAGAAUGUGACGGCAGAUAAGAACCAUUCGGCCCAUCUAGUCUGCCCAAUUUUCUAAAUACUUUCAUUAGUCCCUAGCCUUAUCUUAUAAUUAGGAUAGCCUUAUGCCUAUCCCACGCAUGCUUAAACUCCUUUACUGUGUUAACCUCUACCACUUCAGCUGGAAGACUAUUCCAUGCAUCCACUACCCUCUCAGUAAAGUAAUACUUCCUGAUAUUGUUGUGGUAGUUUUUCUUCUUUUACAUAUAGUCUCCUCCUUUACUGUGUGGAUUCCCUUUAUAUAUUUAAAUGUUUCUAUCAUAUCCCCCCGUCUCGUCUUUCCUCCAAGCUAUACAUGUUAAGAUCCUUUAACCUUGCCUGGUAAGUUUUAUCCCGCAAUCCAUGAACCAGUUUAGUAGCCCUUCUCUGGUAUCAAUAUCCUUCUGAAGAUACGGUCUCCAGUACUGUGUACAAUACUCCAAGUGAGGUCUCACCAGUGUUCUGUACAAUGGCAUGAGCACUUCCCUCUUUCUACUGCUAAUACAACCAAGCAUUCUGCUAGCAUUUCCUGCUGCUCUAUUACAUUAUCUGCCUACCUUUAAGUAAUCAGAAAUACCGUAAUCACCCCUAAAUCCCUUUCCUCAUAUGUUGAGGUUAGGACUCUAUCAAAUAUUCUGUACUCUGCCCUUGGGUUUUUACGUCCAAGAUGCAUUAUCUUGCACUUAUCCACAUUAAAUGUCAGUUGCCACAAUUCUGACCAUUUUUCUAGUUUACCUAAAUCAUUUGCCAUUUAGCUUAUCCCUCCUGGAACAUCAACCCUGUUACAUAUCUUAGUAUCAUCAGAAAAAAGACAUACCUUACCAUCAAGACCUUCUGCAAUAUCACUAAUAAAAAUAUUAAAGAGAAUGGGUCCAGGUAAAGAUCCCUGAGGUACCCCACUGGUGACAAGUCCAAGCUUCGAAUGUAUUCCAUUAACUACAACCCUCUGUUGCCUGUCACUCAGCCACUGCCUUACCCAUUCAACUAUAUUGGAAUCUAAACUUAAAGACUGCAGUUUAUUGAUAAGCCUUAUAUGUGCAACAGUGUCAAAAGCCUUACUGAAAUCUAGGUAAGCAAUGUCUGCUGCACCACCCUAAUCUAUAAUUUUAGUUACCCAAUCAAAAAAAAAAAUCAGUAAGAUUAGUUUGGCAUGAUCUCCCUGAAGUAAACCCAUGUUGUCUCUGAUCUUGAAAUCCAUAUGUUUUUAGAUGUUCAACAAUCCUAUCCUUUAACAUAGUUUCCAUCACUUUCCCCACUACUGAAGUAAGCUUUACUGGCCUAUAGUUGCCCGACUCUUCCCUAUUUCCUUUCUUGUAAAUGGGUACAACAUUCGCUAACUUCCAAUCUUCUGGGACUACUUCUGUUAACAAUGAUUGGUUAAAUAAAUCUGUUAAUGGUUUUGCUAGUACACCACUAAGCUCUUUUAAUAGCUUUGGGUGUAUUCCAUCAGGUCCCAUUGACUUAUUUGUCUUUUACUUUUGACAGUUGAAAUAGAACCUCUUCCUCUGUAAACUCACGUGUAAUAAAUGACUCAUUUAUCCUUUUUCUCAACUGAGGUCCCUUUCCUUCAUUUUCAUCUGUAAAUACAGAACAAAAAUAUUCAUUGAGGCAGUCAGCUAGACCUUUAUCCUCUUCUACAUACCUUCCUUCUUUUGUUUUUAAUCUAACUAAUCCUUGUUUUACUUUUCUUUUCUCAUUUAUGUAUCUAAAAAAUGUUUUGUCCCCCUUUUUUACUGACUGUGCUAUUUUCUCUUCUGUGUGUGAUUUGGAAGCUCUUAUAACUUGCUUAGCCUCUUUCUGCCUAAUCUUAUAGGUCAUUUUGUCUUCCUCACUCUGGUUUUUUUUUUUUAUAAUUCCUAAAUGCUAACUUUUUGUCUUUAACAAUUUUGGCCACAUCUGCGGAGUAUCACAGUGGUUUCUUGAAUUUUUUGCUUUUACUGACAAGCCUAAUGCAAUUUUCUGUUGCCUUCAAUAGUGCAACUUUUAAAUAAUCCCAUUUCUCUUGGACUCCAUUUAAAUUGCUCCAGUCUGAUAAUGACUCCUCUACCCAUAUUCUAAUUUUAGAAAAGUCUGUUUUUCUAAAGUCUAAAACUUUUGUUUUUGUGUGGUGUGACUCAGUCAUUGUUCUUAUAUUAAACCACACUGACUGAUGAUCACUGGAUCCUAAACUUUCACCUACAGUAAUAUCUGAUACCAAAUCUCCAUUUGUUAACACUAAAUCUAGUAUGGCCUCUUUACGAGUUGGCUCCUCAACAACUUGUUUUAGAGACAAUCCCAGUAGGGAGUUUAGAAUAUGUGUGCUCCUGGCACAAGUAGCUAAUUUUGUUUUCCAAUUUACAUCAGGAAGAUUAAAGUCACCCAUGAUGAUAACUUCCCCCUUCAUUGUCAUUUUAGCUAUUUCCUCAACUAGUAGAUUAUCUAAUUCUUCUAUUUGUCCUGGGGGCCUAUAAAUCACACCUACACGAGUUACUGUGUGAUUACCAAAUUCUAACGUAAUCCAAACGGACUCUGUUUGCCUCACUAACUUUUAUUAGGCUAGAUGUUAUGCUAUCCUUCACAUACAGGGCCACCCCUCCCCCUUUCUUGCCUUCCCUAUCCUUUCUAUAUAAAGAGUACCCAGACAUUGCUAUGUCCCAGUCAUUUUUCUCAUUAUACCAUGUCUCAGUAACAUCGACUAUAUCUACACCAUCAGUUGCCAUGAUUGCCACAAGUUCAUGGAUCUUUUUCCCUAAACUGCGAGCAUUUGUAGACUUGACUCUAAGCUUAUCAUUUUUAACACACUUGCUACAGGCACCUUCUGUCCUUGUUUUGGGGGACAAUUGGAUUGAUGUUUUAUCACCCUUUUGUCCCCCCCCCCUCCUAGUUUUAAUACAUCCCAGUUAGGUAUUUGCAUAAAUUGCUGUUCUUAUGCUGGAAGUCUUUUGAAGUCAUCCCUUUUUUUCAAGUCCAUAGUUUGCGUUCUCAGACCUUUGGAGUGUGCCAGCAUAGGUGGGGGGAGAUGGGUAGUGCCAGGAGGAUAACACAGUUGCCAGGGACCCGAGGAUAGUGACCAUUGUAAACACCGCACUCUAGCAGAGUGCGUUUGUCCUGAAAGAGACAGUCAGGCAGAUGUUGCUUUAUUAAUUUUCCAUAAAAAUAGGCACUUUAACCCCUUCAGGACGGAGUCAAUAGUACACGUUCUGAUCAAACCAAAAACUGGAAUUUGCGCUAGAUGUCUGUUUAGCCUUAAUUCAACUCUUUCAUAUUAAGUGCACCCACACUUAUUAUAUAUAAUUUUGUUCAGGAGAUACAGGGCUUUAAGUUCUCAUGGAUUAUUCAUAUAUGAAACAUAAUUAUUGUAGUUCCGUCUGACAUUUUAGCUGUAAAAUGUCAUAAAACUGUGCUUUUACUGCAAUAAAAUGCACAUAUUUGUAUUCAGCAAAGUCUCACGAGUACAACAGUACCACCCAUUAACAGGUUUUACGGUGUUUUGGAAAAUUAAAGAGUCAAAUAUAGCACAUUUAAUUUUUCCGUUUUUUUCCACAUUAAAAUUUGCGAGAUUAGUAAUGUUACGUUUGAGACUGUGUGGUAGCCCAGGAAUGAGAAUUACCCCAAUGAUGGCAUACCAUUUGCAAAAGUAGACAACCUAAGGUAUUGCAAGUGGGGUAUGUCAAUUCUUUUUUUAGUAGCCACUUAGUCACAUGUAGUGCUUGCGAAUUAAAUUCUCUGCACUUUCUGCCUGGGCUGUCAGGCAUGUCAAUCAAAUUUUAAUUAAUAAAAUCACAUAAUUAUGCUAAAAGAGUACUUAAACAUACACGUAGAAUUUUAAUAUAAAUACAUAUUUAAAUUCUACGUGUAUACUUAUGUAAUCAUGUAAAUAUAUAUACAUAUUAACAAAAUACAGUAAGAAUGAAAUUACGUGUGUGUGUAUAUAUAUAUAUAUAUAUCUCUCUCUCUAAAAAAGUAUUCAUUUUUUAAAAAUAUUUUUUUAUUUAUUAUUGUAAUUAUACGUGUAUAUAUAUAUAUGUGUGUGUGUGUGUGUGUAUAUAUGUAUUUAUAUAUAUAUAUAUUCUCUCUCUUUGAGAGCUGUCACAUGGCCCCUGGGGGCCUGAUAGUCCCAACUGAAGAGGAUCACGGCAUAGGUAAGUCCCACCAGGGCUCAUGGGGGCUUAAGUAGAGGGGGGUGGGGGCUGAGGUGGGUGCUGGGAGAUACUAGCUGAGGGGUGGGUGGAGGGUAAUGGGGGCUAAGGGGGUGGGUGGAGGGCAUGGGCUGAGGUGAGUGAAGGGAAGAUGGGUGCUGCUUGGAAUUACUAGCUGAGAUGGGUGGAGGGGGCAUGGGGCUGAGGUGGGUGCUGAGGGAGAUGAGGGCUGAUGGGGGUGGGUGCUAGAGGCAAUGGGGGCUAACGGUGGAGGGGGAGGUUGUUGAAGGGGGCAUGUGAUGCAAGCUGAUAUGGGUGCAUCACCCUUUUGUCCCCCCCCCCUCCUAGUUUUAAUACAUCCCAAUGGGGCUGAGGUGGGUGAAGGGGAGAUGCCAGCUGAUGUGGGUGGAGGGGAGAUGGGGGAUGAGGUGGGUGGGGGAGGAAAUGUGUGCAGGGGGAAUGGGGCUGAGGUGUAGGUGAAAUUGUAUGUGGGAUUUACAUUCCUUCUAUUUCUGCCAGGCUGCUCCUUAGCUUCAGCCACCCUGCAGAUUCAGAAGAGGAGGGCAGGAAGUGAUGUCACUUGCACUCCCCGGGCCCUGCCUCCUCCCCUCACACAGAGCUCCGCACAGAGAGGAUGGAGAAGACCUGGCAACACCAGGAUUGUUGCCAAGUCUCACUCUGCAGGUGAGGGGACACAUCAGGGCAAUCUAUCCUGUGUAAUUGUGCCUCUCUGGCUGGGGAGAUUUCUGAUCUCCCCAGCCAGAGAGAGUAUGGCUGUUCAGCCGGCUGAGCCCCUAACUGCCUUGGGCCCUUGGUUAUUGACCGAUCUGCCAGAGUGGUCAGUCCGCCGCUGCAUAAACGUAUGGUAUGCAGAAUUCCAUUCUUCACCAUCAUCAGAAUGUUGCAGCUUGGGUAGGCAUUUACCUUUUCCUUUCUCCCUUAAUGUUGUUGUGACCAUGUUAUUAACCAUAUUUGCACACAUGUCUGUCUGUGAUGUAAUUGACUCUACAAGCAUUUAUCAUCAUAUUAUUUGGUACAAAUUUCAUUAGUGUUAAAUAAACAUCAAUUACACGUUUGGUUAGUUUGUAUGUUUGAGAUCUAUGCAAACCUACAUAAAUGAAUGGAUUUAGUGUUGAAAUGCAUUGCAAGGGAGAGGCCUGACCAUGCUGACUGGUCUCAUGAAAAUAUCACUAUAACUGAACGCUGUCAAGAAAUUUUUGAAACCUGGUAGCCAUUGACUCUUAUGCAAGCUUGCUGUUCUCUGUUUUUGCUGUGGUUAUCUCCAGGCAUAAUCUGAGGCUUUUUUUUCCUGACAAAACACUAAAGGGAGGCAGCACACCUACAGCCUGGCUAAAUGUUUCAAGCAGCCACUGCCCUUGGCUUGAUGACCCUGAAUCUCCCUGUGAACUUGACCCUAGGAGGCCAGUGGAGUUAUACUGAUCCUGCUAGCCUUUAUGCAGACCAUGAAGUAAUGUGCCUGGUCAGGGAGGUGAUCGGACGUCUACACUAUCUGGAUCUCCCCUUCUCACCAUCACAUGCGUUCUAAUAUGUCUCUUUACAGUGGCUUAUGGUCUUCCUCGUAUAUAUAUUUUAUUCUGCAAGGGCAGGUCCAAUUAUUUGAGGCAUUCAAGAAUCAGGCAGGUAUAUUAGCAUGGUGUAGCAAUCACAUUCUUAUCUCAGUCAUACAGCACAUUACAUUACAGUAGGUUAUUCACUCUCACCUCCCUUCCUUUAGCUGAGCUCCACUUGUGGGGACUCGCAUGGAAGGGUGACAUGAGGUUACAACGUGGCUCCUCUAGUUUCUGGAUGCAGAAGAUGGUGUGCGGUGACUGGUAGAGGUGAGUAAGUUAUCUAUAAUAUCGGUAGAUUACAAGACAGAUACUGAAUAUUGGCUUUAAUAAUCAGCUGAAGAGAUAAUUAGUCUAGCUCUACAUGUGUGUAUUCUUGUAUCUUUUUAUUUUCUCUACUUUGGAGAGACUCUUCAUCUUCCAUCCUGUGCUUUUGCUAUUCCUAAAUACUCUCCUUUCCCCUUCAUGCUCAGGAUGGUAGACGCAUUAUCAUAUAUAUAUGGUCCCUCCUCUCUUAGAUUAUGGGAUGAACAUCUAGCUGGUACUACUGGAAAAAUGUCAAGUACUGUAUAUUUCUUAUCUUCCCUUUUUAAAUUUAAAUAAAUAAUAUAUAUAGAAUUUUUUUUUUUUCUUGCUUGGUUAUGGAUAGGAGAUUAUUUGUGCUGUUAAAUUUACAUUUACGACUCUUGCUUGCUUAUGUGCAUAACAGCAUGUUUUUUGUCAUCCUCCCACCCCCAAACUGAACUGUUGUUGCAUGUCUCCAACUUCCCUUUAAUAAUAUAUCUGUAAUGAAAGAUAUUCUACUAUAAAACCAUGCACCAUGAAAGGAUGCACUUAAUCAUUUGGUGAGUGCUGUCAAUACGUUUGUAGAGUAUGUGGUCUCCUAGAGAAUACAGAGGGGUGGAACAUUUAAUUGACAUUUUAUCUAAUGUGAAAAUGGUAUGUAUUAUAAUGGAUAAACAUCCUCUUAUCACUCAGUAGGGUAUGCCUCCCAGGCCAUAGUGUUAUUUCAGGAAAUAGCUUGAAGGGAAGACGAGACGGCGGGAUAUGAUAGAAAUAUUUAAAUACAUAAAAGGGAAUCAACUCAGUAAAGGAGGAGACUAUAUUUAAUAGAAUAAAAAGUACCACAAUAAGAGGACAUAGUCUUAACCCCUUAGACAGACAGUUUUUCAAUUUUUUUUACCAUUAAAGGCCAGGGCUCUUUUUACAUUUCUGCGGUGUUUGUGUUUAGCUGUAAUUUUCCUCUUACUCAUUUACUGUACCCACUUAUAUUAUAUACCGUUUUUCUCAUCUUUAAAUGAUCUUUGUAAAGAUACCAUUAUUAUUGUCAUCAUCUCAUAUAAUUUACUAUAAUUUUUUUUUUUUAUAAAAUAUGAUGAGAAAAUUUAAAAAAACAAACACUUUUUCUAACUUUGACCCCCAAAAUCUGUUAUGCAUCCACAACCGCCAAAAAACACCUGUGUUAGGGGCGUGGUUUGGCUGCUGACCUGAAUGGGCGCUUAGAGUAAAGGCUCCUGCGAAUUCAACCUUCCAUCCUGCACAAGUAAUCACCUCUUCAUGGCCUCAAACACGCUUCAGACCCAACAAGAUGGUCGUCGAUCCGGCACACGCGGCUCGCCUUCACCAGCCCACAUACGGGAGCCAACAGCCAGAUUCUCAGCUCAGUGAGGCCUUCCUUAAUACUACACAAAUUGGUGAAAACCUACCUAGCUGGGGUGAUUGCGCAGAGUUCCACAGAGAUGAAAGCCGAAAUCCAGGCCCUGGGCAAGCGCACUGCAGCCCUGGAGAACCAAGUAGAGGCCAUGGUGCAAGCACACAAUGCCAUGGUGACCCACUCCAUGAAGCUCAAGAAACAGUUGAAUUAGAGCUGGAGAUGGAAGACCUAUGCAACUGGUCUCCGAGAAAUAACUUGUGGAUCCGCGGCCUGCCAGAAGACCCCAACGAAGGCUAACUAAAAUAGACAACGGAACACUACUUCAAAAACAUUGUCACAGACAUCCCUGACGAACAGUGGACUAUCGAUCGGGCUUGCAGGGCAGACAGCAAGGUGCCCCGGGACAUUAUUAUUAGGUUCUAUUAUUUUACUACCAAAGAGGCCGUACUGUGAUAUGGUAGGGACCAUGACUUCAUUUAUAAAGUUGUAACAAUAUCCCUCUACCAAGAUCUAUCCCCCACCACCUUACAGAAGAGACUCAUUUGGAUACUGGUGGCCGACUAGCUUAGAAACCACAACAUCCGCUUCACAUGGGGACAUCCCUUUAAGGUAGUCGCAUUUAAAGUGGGAAAAACCAACAACGUACUACCGGGAGCUGCACCAUAGAGCUUCUUCCAAGACCUGGAGAUUGAACUACCAGCAGACUUUGCACUACAGGUCUCAGUUUACACUGCCCUGACCUUCUACCCAGAGACUGGCAUCCUGCUGAAAAUGCCUGAAAAGUGUCUCAGGUACCAAAAAGUGUAUGAAUGACACCAAGCACGGUGGUCCACCCGCCUGUGUGAAUCAAGUUAUCCAAGAGGGGCUGUCAAGUGGGGAGAGUGGAGGAAUGACUAGUAAAUGUACAAGCUUGUUCAUACAAAUGCUGCACUGUACGCUGGGGGUGGGACUUGGGAACCCAGCAGGAUCGAGUCCCCUGAGCCGCAUCCACACCCUGACACACGGGAUUAUCCAUUUUAUUCCCCUCCAUACUCUCGAAUAGAUAACAUCUUGGGGAACAGUAUGGGAAUGGCCGUAGCACAACACUCUGACAUUGGGAGCAUAACAUGGUCAGAUCAUGCGGACAUCACUGUCACUCUGGGCAAACUUCACUUUACCACCACAUGGUCCUGGAAGCUUAAUACUAGCCUCCUUAACGAUGACAAUAUUAGAAACUCUACCAAAACCGCUAUACUAGACUAUUUCACCAACAACACCACUCCUGACGUGGACCCAACAAUGACAUGAGCGUCUCACAAGACUGUCAUACGAGGGCACCUCAUUGGGACAGCCACACAUAAAAAACGGACAAAAACUAGAUUACUAGCAGACUUGCAAUCCGCCCUUCGGAAGGCCAAACAGCUACAUAAGACCAACCCCACAGCGACCAAACUUGCAGAACUCACAGCCAUUCAACUCUCCAUCAAAGACAUAUCGCUAGGGGAUGUAGCCCGUUCGGUGCUAUGGUCCAAAAGAUUAUUUUAUGAUAAAUCCAACAAAAUUGACACUCUGCUAGCCAGGGCCCUGCAUCCCAACUAUUUUAUGCAAGGGGGCACACCUAAUGCAGACAGGGCCACUGCCAAUAUCGUCCUCAUCCCAAAACCUGACAAAGACGAAACGCUAGCCCCAAGCUACAGACCCAUCUCACUAAUCAAUUCAGAUAUAAUUUUUUUUGCAAAAAUCCUGUCCACCCGGUUAACACCAUUACUAAACAAACUCAUACACCCUGAUGCCCAGCAGGCAGCUGUAUGAAAAUACCUGCCAGGAAGCAGACCUGAUUUGGUGGAUGACAGAGCCUAAGGUUCCUUCUCUGGCGCUGUGGAAGCCUUCGAUAGGGUCACUUGGCCAUUCUUAUUUCACCUACUACACUCACAGGGAAUCCCAGAGCCGUUUGACAGUGAUCAAGGCACUAUACUCCAACCUCCAGGCUCAGACCCUCAUUAUGGGUGCAAACAGAACUCCCUUCCACUUAGGUAAUGGGACACGACAAGGUUGCCCACAUUCCCCCCUGUUUGCGCUUACCCUAGAACCACUACUAACUGCCAUCCGCUCAGACCCGCACAUAGAGGAGAUGAAAAUAAUGGGCUAACAAUUCAAAGUCUCCGCAUACGCAGACGAUGUCCUACUGACCCUUGGGGACCCACUGACAUCCCUGACACACCUAACCACACUCUUGCAACAAUAUGGAACACUAUCCAGAUAUAAAGUCUACCUCACCAAUUUCACUGCUAUGCCCUUUCAUCUCUCGGCUCGGGGCAAAUAAUACGCACGACACACCGCAUACAGAUCUCCCAGAAGGAGUUCACCUAUCUAGGUAUCCACCUAACUGCGGACCCAAAUCUCCUGUAUCACCGCAGCUACUCUCCCCUCUUCCAGAUCCUCAUCAGGGAACUGGAGCAAUGGAAGGACAAGCCAAUCUCAUGGCUGGGACGCAUUCAUGCUGUUAAGAUGAAUAUACUCCCAAGACUACUCUUCCUAUUUCAGGCACUACCGGUGGGUGUCACCAAGGGAGACCUAGCUGGGACGCAGAGGGCAAUUGACACAUUCAUUUGGCAAAAUAAACACCCUAGAUUGGCACGUAGCUUAUUAUACCGACCUAAGACGAGGGGAGGACUGGGCCUACCCAACUUUUACCUGUAUUAUCUAGUGGCACAAAUGACACAACUUAUCCACUGGCACUCACCACCCGACAAAAGACGAUGGGUGGUGUAGUGGGACCUGGCUGGUUAUCCCCUUUUGUUAGGAUAGGUCAGAACCAUUUGCCUUGUAACUGAACGGGACACAGUUCCAGGAUACAACUUUUUUUUAUUUUUUAUAAUUCUUUAUUUUAUUGUGCAUGAAUAUGACAAUCAGGCUUGCCGUGCCACAACAGCUUGGGCAAACAGAUUAAGACAUUAAUAUACAUAUGAAUGGCACGUGAUAUUACUGCACAUUUUUGUUAAAAUUACUACAUUGCAGAACAAGAAAAAACAGUCUAGGCCUACAGUUGCUAGAAUAUGUGGUGUGAUUGGAGUGUGCUCAGCUAUGCCCUGUUGUUAGUCCACACUGACUGUAAUAUAAGUGUACUGUGGUUUUGAGGUGGGUGGUCCAAUGUAUAAGUGAGCAGGCUAUCCGUCUUGUCCUUUGGAUAGGUUAGAUUUAGUUUGUUCACCGUGUGUUGCGCGGUGCGUUCCUAGCCCUAUCAGGUGGAGUUACGGGUACAUAUUCGGUAUGCCACUGGGGCACAAUAUAUAAGUGUAUGGCCGGUCAGUGUGGCGGGGGGGGCAGGGAGUUAGCUAGCUAGUCAAUUGUCCCAAGGUGCGGGCUACUGCAGGCAUUAUGUUCUAUUGGGCUAGUACUCCAGCAGGUAGGUUGUCGCAGCUUUCGAGUGUGUCACCUAGAGAGUAGCCCUCUUGGUGUGCCGUGAUAGCAGCGUUGUGUUAUAGAUGUUUGGUGAGGAUGCAUGCUGGUUCGUGUGCUGUGACUAUUGCUGUGUUGUGGGGGUGUGCUGCUUGGAUUUGGGAGCUGGUUUAUCGUUCCCGUUUGGGUGGAGUAGCUAUUGAAUCGCUCUAAGGCCCCUGAGUUGGUGGGGGGGGGGUAGUCGGGUGGUGUGUCUGGCGAGAAGUGGUGUGGGGACGUUAGUAGGUUAUAGUAGCUGGAUGGCUUUGACUGAACAUGCCUACAUAAAAUUUUAACUUUAUGACUGUCAACAUUAAGGGGUAUUAUCGCCUGCCAGUCCUUCGGCACUUCCCUCUACCAGAGGGGUAUUGUGGGCCCGGGUCUGGUUGGGGCGUCUCAUCCUGUGUCGGCUUCAGUGCGAGGUACAAAGGGGACUAUGUUGGAUAUGUCCCAGGAGUGUCCAGGUUUGGCAGUGUCGGGCUUGUGCCGGUUGAGCCCCAGGCUGUGGAGGAAUGGGUCGGCGUCAGCAGCUGAGGUGAGUCGGCGGGUGGUCUCGCCCUGUGUGGCUACGAGUGUGUGGGAAGGGCCCCAUCUGUACUGGAUGCCUGCUUCUCGAAGGGUCUUGGUGACCUGGCUGAUAGAACGUCUCCACUCCAACGUUGCCCUGCAGAGAUCCUGGAGAAAGGUUAGUUGGGAGCCCUCAAAUUUGAGCGGGCUCUUGUUCUUGAUGGCGUCCAUCAGUGCUUGUUUGUCGCGUAGGGACUGGAACCUCAGGAGGACAUCGCGGGGAGCGUCAGCUGGAGCCCUUGCGGACUUGGGGAGUCUGAGUAUUCCAUCCAGUUGCAGGUUCUUCGCCUGUUUGGGGUGCAGGGUCUCCGACAGGAGGCGCCUAAUAAAGUGGGGUAGCUCCGUGUCGUUGACAGCUUCUGUGAUGCCUCUUACAUUUAUGUUGAUUCGUCUCCUAGAGUCGUCCAUCGCAUUGACUCUGGCCUGCAGGGCCUGGUGUGAGCCUUGGAGUUGUUGUAGUCGUUCUGUUGCGUCUGUCUGGCAUUGUGCCAUGGAGGUGAUAUCCUCCUCUGUGGCCUUCACCCUGUCCGUCACGGCUGUUACCUCCUCACGGAGCAACGCCAUAUCCGUACGGAACCAUGUGCGCAGGUGUUUCAGGAGGCCCAGGAUGUCUCCCUUCGUUGCGGGAGCCCCCAGGUCCCCUAAUUGCACGGCGGAGAAAGGGUCAUCUGCCUCAGGUAUGGCAUCUGGGGAGUCCAGUGGGUCUUCGUCCGAGGAUAGGCCUGGGGAGUCUGGCGCUGCCGCCAUUUUGGUUUUAGGCCUCGCCAGGAAUAUGUCUCCUAUUCGACGCGUGCCGUCGUCCGAGGAUGCUUUCAGCUUCUUUGAUCGUUUCCCCAUAUUGUUGUGCAGGGGUAUGCUUAGUUUUCGGCGGUGCACCGUCUAUUUUGUAGUUGUUAGCUAGGUUAUUUGCCGCUUUCAGCUCGGAGCUCAGCCGACAUGCGACUUCUCUCCAUGAAGGUCAGGCCCCGCCCCCUCCAGGAUACAACUUUUGACAGCUUUUUAUGCACAGAUCUCCACAGGGGGUCUCCAUCCACACAACAUGAAAAACCAAUCAGGAGGGGGCAGAGUGACAGAUAACCAUCUCCUGGUCUGGGAGAUACUAACAGUACACAGAGACACACAUGAAUACACAUUACAUACAGGGGGGUGAACUUUGGGGCUCGGCGCCCCAGGACGGGAAGGGGGUACAGGGUUAAAUCUUAUAGUGCUGAAUACCCCCGAGUCUGAACCGCUCCCUGCGGCGACCAAUCAGCACUUUACUCAUGUCGAUCAACCAGGAGAAUGGCGCGAACCCAGUUUGAAUGGACACUCCUCCCAUUGGUCGGCACGGACAUCCAUGCGGCCAGCAGGAACUCUGCUGCCCCAGGGACUCCUUGUCGUUGCGCGUCCCUCUCUCCGGUGCAUAUCCCCACGCAGGUAGCCACCGGGGAGAGGGCUCUCCUGGGCAGCCACAAGCCUAGCCUCGUAGCUCCCACGUAGGGGAAAGAGAUGAGUGAAUAUAGCUCCGUUGGGGAGCAGGUAGGCUGAUCCCUGACACCGGGAUUGAAGACCGUGUACGCAGGCUGGUUCGGGAGUCAAGUGCUCCCCCUAGUGUGCGUUCGAUGAUACGAACCGGCAGCCACCCAGGGGAAGCAUGCGCCGCUUGUUCCCUUGAGGUUUCCACACCUCGUUAGGGAAGUGUGAACAUUCUAAAUGUUCUAAUUGGAGUGUCUGGGAGCGCCCCGGAGUGGUCAAAAGCUAUUUUGUAGGGCUUUUCAGUCAAAACUGCAAAAAGGGGAAACACACAUUCUAGGAGGGAACAUCCACACAUAUAAACAAGGCAAUUCACAGUUUAGGCAGCGAUCCCGCCACAGGUUGACAUUAAAUCACUGAUGACAGGUUUAGAUCCUAAUCCUAUAUAUAGAUCCCCAGCAAAAAUACUCCCAUGAAGAAUAUCCCUCCCAGCUUACAUCAAUACCGCCGGGUAUGCAAGUAAGGGGUUGGAAGCCACUGGACUUCAAAAGAUAUGUACACCUAUACCUCAGUAAGAAAGUAGUCCCUUACGAACACUUAAAUAGUAUCACACCACUACGGUUCCAAGACUACUUCCGUUACAUUCAAAUACGGGACUUUGCAAGACAAAAAGACAUAGAGCGGCUAGCCACUAAACAGAGGACCACUUUUGAUCUUGGGAAGACCCUGGAGGGGUGGAAUGGCAGGACAUCUGGGAGGCAUGCACAGAGGUAUCAAUGUGCGUGACUCUCUAGAAACAGUCCUACAGGAUGCUUUUUCGGUGGUAUACCACCCCAGCGAAGCUGUACUGUAUGAAAUUAGUCCCUACAGAUGCCUGUUGGCAUCAGUGUGGCAACAAGGGAAUCUACAUCCACAUGUGGUGGUCCUGUCCGGCAAAAGGUGAUAGAGAUAGGAUCUCACUAUGCUCAUUAUGCAACGAAGAUUGCAUAAGACCACUGGGCAUGUCUACUCUCAAGGCCGACUGAGGGCCUUACCAGGCAUGAGCAAAAAAAACUCUUUAAUAUGAUAUAUCUAGCGGCCCAAAGGGCAUUGCCACAGAAGUGGUCAUGUAUGGAGGCCCCUACACUCACACUAGUCACUAAUAAAAUCAGGGACAACUACCUCAUGGACAAGUUAACCGCCCAAGUGCGGAAUACUACCACAACGUUCUGCAAGGUUUGAGAUCUAUGGGAGCAAUUCGACACUGGCUGAGACCCCACCUCGGACACUACAAAAGGCACCAUUCUAUGAGAUGGGGGAAGGUCAGGGAGUGGUGGGCAACACACUUUUGGUCUGGUUAAUGCAGCAAUUUUCUUUAUUUCAUGUCCUGUACUAUAUAAACCUUGAUGAAAGCGCACCUGGCCCCUAGUAGAGGGAGCGGAUAUUAUAGGGAUUUCCAGACAAAUCGAAUGGGUGGUCCUUCUGAUCCGAUUGCCUGAGGUAAGAAGAGGGCACGACCUACCACCUAACAGGACAGCUACCGGUUAUCACUUAACUUCACUUAUGUCUCUAUCCCUACCACCUAUUUUUCCUGUAUUUCCUACUCUACUGAAAAUAUAAAAUGAGGCAGUAGACUGAGUACACCAGCGAAGUUCAGCAAGAGACCCUCAUCACCUGCGUGCGAUCCAUCAUACACCAUUAAGUACAAAAGGGUCACAUGUUGUUCAAUGCUAUUGUCUUUUGCCAUCUGUACUUAUUGAACAAUCUGAUAUUUACCUCAUCUACUUGCCUUUGCUGAAAAUAAAAAAUAUUAAAACUUUUUUUUAAAAACACCUAAAUAGUUUCUAAAUUUUGUCCUGAGUUUAGAAAUACCCAAUGUUAAAAUGUUCUUAGCUUUUUUUGAAAAGUUAUAGGGCAAUAGGUACAAGUAGCCCUUUGCUAUUUACAAACCAUUUUUUCCCCCCAAAAUAUACACAAGUUACAUUGUAACACUGAUAUCUGUCAGGAAUCCCUGAAUAACCCUUCACUUUCCAUGUGUUCAGCAAUAUCUCCCGAGUACAACAGUGCCCCCAAUGUACAGGUUUUAUGGGUUUUUGCAAACUUACUAGGGUCAAACUAGGCUUUCCUCAUUUCCAUGCACAUUAAAAUUUGCCGGAUUGGUUUGCUGGGCCUAUGUUGCCUUUGAGACCGUAUAGCAGCGCAGGAAUGAAAAUGAACCCCAUCAUGGCAUACCAUUUGUAAAAGUCGACAACCCACGGUAUUCAAAAUUGGGUAUGUCCAGUCUUUUGUAGUAGCCACUUAGUCACAAGCGCUUGCCAAAGUUAGCAUUCAUUAUUGUUUUAGGCAUUUUUUUUUUUUUAACACAUAAAAACUGCACUUUUACUGGUGAUUUCAUCGUUGUGAAAACAUUUUACUGUUUUAAACACUUAUAUUUGUGUUGAGCAAAGUCUCCCGAGUAUAACAAUACCCACCCUGUACAGGUUUUAUUUUUGGAAAGUUACAGGGUCAAAAUAGGGCUUGCCCAAUUCAGUUUGACAGAUUGGUUUGCCGGGUCUGUGUUGCCUUUUGAGACCAUAUGGUAGCCCAGGAAUGUGAAAUAACCCCAUCAUGGCAUACCAUUUUCAAAUGUAGACAAAUGUGUACAGGGUAUUCAAAAUGGGGUCCAGUCUUUUGUAGUAGCCACUUAGUCACAAACACUUGCCAAAGUUAGUUUUUAUAAAUGUGGUUUUUGUUUCAAAUAUAUACAUAUAUAUAACAUUAAAUAUACACACACUUUUAUUUCCUAUAUAUGUAUAAUAUAUUAUUAUUAUUAAAGUAUUUUAUAUAAUGCAUAUAUAUGAUUUCAUUAUAAGUGUAUUUUGAGAUGUGUAUAUAUCUCAAAGUACACUUAUAAUGAAAUCAUAUAUAUGCAUUACAUAUGUAUAAUAUAUUAAGUUAUUUAUUUUUAAUUAAAUUUAUAUAUAUGUAUAUAUAUAUAUAUAUAUAUAUAUAUAUAUAUAUAUACACAUACACACACACGUGUAUUUUGAUAUUUAUAUGUAUAUACAUUAAUAAAAAAGUACACUUGGUAUGACGAGAGAUUAUAUCAUAUCUCUCGUCAUACCAAGUGUACUUUUUUAUUAAUCUAUAUACAUAUAUUAAUAUAAAAAUACACUUAGAGUAAAAUUGUUCAUUUAGAAACUUUAUUUUAAUUUUUUACUUUUUCACCAGCAGUCAGUUCAGGCAGUCUCCCUGCUGGCAGCACUGUAAACACCUAUUGCGGGCAUGUGUCCGCAGUCCUUGAGGACUCUUUUUUUUUUUUUUGUCAGACGUACCUCAUACGUCCGCGGUCCUUAAGGGGCAAAGCUUUAAAAAUAUCAGGAAGUAUUACUUUACUGAGAGGGUAGUGGAUGUAUGGACUAGUCUUCCAGCUGAAGUGGUAGAGGUUAACACAGUGAAGGAGUUUAUGCAUGCAUGGGAUAAGCAUAAGUCUAUCCUAGCUAUAAGAUCAGGCCAGGGACUAAUGAAAGUAUUUAGAAAAUUGGCAGACUAGGUGGGCUAAAUGGUUCUUAUCUGCCGUCACAUUCUAUGUAAUUGGAAGCUUUUCAGGACCACUAUAGGCUGAAAAUGUCAAAAUUGUUCAAAUUGUAGGAGGUUUAGCAGAAUAAAGUAAGGAUAAAAUGUGAUACUUCUCAAUCAUUACAGAUGACAAUCCAGCAUAAUUUCACAACAGAAGUUACAAAAAACAGAAGAACUUCAGAAACAAGUUUGACAUGUUAUCAAUCAUAAGUAUACACCAGUGUUUCAUUGUGGUUCAGGCACAACUUUAGCCAAUCUGAACAAUGAGAUAAGUGCCCAGAUUGAUGGCAUCUCCAUAAUGUUGUUGACACGAUUACUUGUGACUAGCUUCAUGGAUUGUAUAUUGCUGCCAUUGAGUAAUUUCAGAGUGAUAACCAAUGUCCUCCACCACAAAGGUACAAUGGAUGCUAUUGCAAUAAAUGUGCUUUCCAAAAUCCAAAACUCUGAUUUUCAACAUAUCUGGGGAAUGUAGCGUUUAAGUAAGAGGUGAACUUGACCAACCUGCAAUAUCUAUAUCCAUUGCAAUAAUUUCUCUACUUGGUUGUGUUUGCCUAUUUAGAAGAUGGUCUCUUACUUUUCAAAGAAGUGACUGCUCCUCUUUAAACUAUACAAUUGAAUAAAACUUUUGUAAAUUACCUUUACUUUCUGAAUAACCUUACUCUAUAGCAGGGAAGGCGAACCUAUGCCGGGUCCUCUCUGUGGGCACGCAGCCAUAGCUCGCUAUCAAUGCAGAGUAGGCACCUGCCUGCCCAAAACGGCAAGCGCCUACUCUGCUUCUGUGUCGGGAGGACAAGGGGAGGGAUCUGAGAAGCAGCUCUCCCAUCCUCCCAAGAGCAAUCUAUGUGAGCGUUGCCGCGCGUUACCAUGGCAACGCUCCACAAAGCAUCGUGCGGGUGGGAGGACAGGAGCGCUGCAGGACCUGUCCCUCUUACCACCACCGGACCACCAGGGAUUUAGGUGUACCAAGCUGUUAACAGUGCAGGGGAUGAGAAAUCAUAAAUUAAACAGACUGCAAUAAAGGAAGUAUAAACAUUAAAUCUCACUUUACAAGUAGUGUUUAGGGAGUUUGUUUAUACAGCCCUAGUCACACCUCCCUGUAUGUGACUUAGACAAAGUGAUAUAGCUCUUAAAUGGUCGAGAAUUUAGCAGUGAGGCUGCAGGGUCAUAAACUAUACACCAACUCUGCUUCAUUUAGCUAAAAUUGUGUUUGUAACUCUAGUGUCCCUUUAAUCUUUUAAGGUUGUCCGUUGUAAGGAAACCAAGUACAUUUAAACCCUAAUUGGUAGUUUCCUCCCGAACAGCCAGAGCCCAGUGAAUAUAGCCCUCCGUUCGGUAGUUAUAGUAGACGAAUUCCCAAUUGUAAAUCCAAUAGUGUUCCUGGAUAAUUCCCACAGUAAAACACACGAACUCCCAAACAGCAUACGUAGUCAGAAUAAGGGUACAAAGAUGAACUGAAGGUUUAAUGACAGGCAUGCUCUUUUUAUGGAAUUCAGCCCAUGCAAGGGAGCCUCCCAUAUAAUUAGCCAUACAUCCAAUCCUAACAAUAUACAUACUGUACAUCUCUUCCCCUCAGAUAACCAUUAAACACAAUUAAAACGUAACAGCAAUUCCCCAAAGUUUGGAUGUACCCCAAGGUGUCCCCAGAUAGCUAUUGUCUGGGGGACCAACAUAUUAAAAACUCAGUCCAUUCGGUUCAGUCGUUCGGGAGAUAUGGGACUUAGAAGUUUUGACCGACUGCAUGGGCAAAGUAGCCGAAAACAGUUCCAUGAAUUCUGGCCCUGCAGUCGGUCUUAGGUCGCAUGAAAAACCUCCCGAACGGCCGGCCAUCCAGCUACCAUCCUUGGUUCGCUUGAGUCCCCAUCCGUUAGCAAGUCUUCCUACCGAACGACCGGUCGUUCGGUAGUUUGGAAGGGGGUUUAGCCAAGGUCUGGAGGCUUUAGCGGUGUUCGCCUGUUUGAGUGUCCGUUUUCAGUUCCAGACAUUCAACGGCAAACACCGCUGUUCGGGAGCUAAAAUGGCCGCGAACACGUGGAAGUCCCGAAAUGGCGGCGAGACCUGCCGUUCGUGCAGAACUUCUGCCGAACGUAAUCCAGCCAGCAAGGGGGUACAGUCUGUAUAAUGAGUAACAGGGUGGUCUGUAGGGAAACCUUGCUAUUAAAUAAACGAAUACAAAGAGUCCAUUUACAGUAUAAGAGGGGCAUUUCUUCACAUCCGUAUGCUUCUCUAGCAGACUGAGAGGUGCAAAGGACAGUGUUUAUAAGAAUAAUUGGCAGGAAAUAAGGUUGGAGGCGCCCAAUUGCAUGAUAAAAAUGUGUCGUUUUCUACAUUUUAAUGUUACUUUCACGUCUCACACACUUGUUAAUGAAUAAGUAAACCUACUAUUAAAAUCCUGGGAUGUAACUGGUAUAACAACGUAUUGUGCCAGGUGUACAGUAUGUAUCAAAAUGCAUCUACAAUAGAUGACUCAGCUUGGAUUAGUAGGUGUAAUAUUUGGGCAAUAUUUUUGCCUUUCGUUAUAGGAUGGCCCUGAUGGCUGCAUUAAGUCUAAUGGACCGUUACCUUACUGAAUUAAAUUAAACAGAAACUAUAAGCACUCAAACCACCUCAUCUCAAUGAAUUUGACUCUGAGGAGUAUUUGGUUGGUGGAACUGUUUAGGCACAUUUACUUUUCAUCCAUUUCAAAGCUCAUCUAUGAGAUGCAUUUAAUUGUAUGAGAAAACAGCAGGCAAGGUGGUGAAACAUAGGGUGGAAGAAUAACAAAAAGGAUGGCAGAGGUAACAGUGAUGCCAGGGACAUUAUAUAAAUAAAAUUCAUUUGUCCCUAUAGUUUUUUUUUUUUUCCUUAACUUCAGUAACCAUCACAAACUAGGUUUUAACUAUGCACAAACUUAAGCUUGUUAAUUGGUGUUGUUACCUUUUGGAAGGAUGUUCCUAGGUACCAACUGCUAUGUGUCCCGGUUUCCUGGAAAACACAAAACCUAUUGGAUUUUACCUUAUUCAUACUUUAUAACUAACAAACACACUUAUAACAGCUAGUUCAGGCCCUGUUCUUACAUUCCUGAAAUUUCCCUUCCAGCUUACAUUCCUGCUAAUUUAACUCCUUAAGAAACAAAUCUAUUUCGUAUUUUCAGGACAAUUGCAUGUUUGAUUUUGUUUGGUUUUUCAAAUAUUUCACCUUAGUGCAUAACACACAUUUUUACACCAGUGACAGAAUUUCUCAUAUUUUGUGUUUUACAGAUCACAUAUUAAAGGAACACCAUAGUUACCAGAACAAAUGUAGUUGUUCUGGUGAGUAUAGUCAGUCCUUGUAAGCAUUUUGUUUUGUUCAUUCUUUCUUUUUGUUGUGCAUGGAUGGUACAAGACAUCAUGUUGCACUUUAAAACGGCAUAGAACAGAAAAAAAAACAGGUCAAGAGAAAUCAGUACAGUGAAGAGUAAUCUACACAAUUUAUAUGUAAUAGUCAAGCUUGAAGGACACAGUGCUAGUAGAAUAUAUGGAUAAGAUUACCAAGGUAGAGUGAGGAGUAAGAACACUGGAUACAGAAACUCUGAGAAUUAGGGCUCAAUGCCCAUGAGUAGUACCAUGCCAACUUUCAGGAGAGUAUACCCCCAAGAGGCCCUCCCCCGAAAGGUUAUAUAGAUAGCCCACAUAUAGAAUAAGGGAGAAUGAAGUUUAAGUAGCAUAUUGUUAACUAGGGGCAAAGAUACUGCAAAUCCAGUAGAGGUGCAGUGGAACCACUGCUCUAUCCUGUCAGGUGGGAACAUGAAGGGUGAGACUGAGGCAUAAGCACUGUCCAAGAUUCAACAGUCGUUGCCCUGCAGAUGCCAAGCAAUUUGAAGGCCCUCUAGCCCAGAUGAGAACAGACUGCUCCAUUCAAAGGGCAGGGUUGGUGAUUCUCGCUGCUCCACAGGUUUCCCGCUUGGUCUAGCUUUAAACUGCAGCUGUUGAGUCUUGGACACUGUAAGAGUCCCAGCACUUGUACGGGACUGUUCUCUUAUGUGCCGAUUUGCGUGAAGCGUUGAGUGUUUUCUGGCGCGUCGCCAUUUUGGGGUCCUCUUCUGCAUUGGAGCCUUGAUGUUCUGCUGCAUGUGAGGGAUCGGCUGUCGAGGUGAGUGGCUGUUCAGCUGCUGCAUGGUGGCUUGGUGCUGCUUUUCCUCCAGUUUCUGCCAGAAAUUGUGGAAAAUCCUGUCCAGCCUGGACAAUAUGUCAAGUUUCCCUCCAUGAUGUCGGGUUGCCUCGUGGCGUCCGCCAUAUUAGGUGAGCCACUCAAUUGUUCCUCGGUCUCUGUGGUGGCACCUCCAGCCCUCAGUGGGUCAAUAUUGCCUCUUGGGGGUGGGGGGGGUGAGGACUGGGCACCUGGACGUCGCUGAUAUGUCGAGCAGCCCCAGUCUGGCCGAUCGUCUGCUUCCCCCAACCGGUGCCCUAUUGACUGCAUGCUGCAAGUCGUGCAGCAGAUGAGCUCCUGCCAGAUCUCCGAUACCUACAGAGUACCUCAGCUCGAUCAGAGGUCAGUUAAGUUGCUGGGCCUAGCUGAGAGCAGAUUCGAUGUAGCUAAAAACUACAUGUACUGCCAGCAUAGGAGAGGAGCUCAAGCUAAACACGUCUCUUCGCCAUGGCAGUCAGGCCCCGCCCCCGGAAGGCAUUUUUAUGUGUUUACAUUGCCCUCUAGGGACACCUCCAGUAGCCACUCCACCUUCCUGGCUUCCAUGUUGUGAAACGCUAAACUUUCCUCUUACAGAUGCAUUGAUUCAGUGUAUCUCUAUGAGGAGAUGCGGAUUGGCCAAGCCGAUGUCUGUGCUCUGCCCCUGUCCUGCCUCUUUGCUGAUCUCAGCCAAACCAAUGCUUUCCCUAUUCAAAAGCAUUGAAUUGUCUGAAAUAAUCAAAUCUGAUGUCCAUCAAAGAUGCGGAUCAACAGCAGGGUCAGCCCCGGCGGACUCUCACAGCGGUGGAAAUAAGGUAAGUUUUUAUUACCUUGGGGGAAGGGAGGCAAGUUUGUGUUCCUGACCCUAUAGUGUUCUUUUACGACAGAAUGCUCCAAAAAUUUACUUGUUCACUUAUUACAAACAUCUGUCUUGCUCCUGAGCAGGUCAGAGAGGAGACGAUUGCAAGGGUUAUUGGUUAAAACUUUAUUUGUUGUAUUAGACAUAACAAAUUUACUGAAAAAAAGAAUAAAGGGCAGUGUGCCACAAACAGGAUACUUUGAGUAAAAAACAGGGUUUAGGCAAUAUGCCACAAACAAGAUCUUUAGAAAGUAAAUAAAUUGUCUUUUGUAUACAAGCAAGCUUGAAGUUAUACCAAGUAGUUAAGGAUUUCCAGGAUAGUUUGCAAUGCAGCUAGAUAUAGGUAAAUACCUUUUUGGAUAAGACCAUAAAGGAUAACGCAGCGUUGCAGAGGUUGAAACAGGUAGGUAUAUUCCAAAAUAAUAUAAUGUAGGUUGCUUACGAGAUCAUGCAGUGAUGCAGCAAUUGAAGCAGUUAAGAUUCUUCAAUGAAGGCAAUACGCCACAAGGAUCACAUCAGGAUUCUCGGAAGCUGCAUAGAUUCAAUGUCAAGGCCCUGUUGUGUGCCAGUAGAUUUAUCAAGCCUCCUAAUUAGUUAAUUCAGGUGAGUGAAUAGAUUAGUGGCUAGGGAGGCCACUAGAGGAGAAAAUCGUGAAGUUCACAUAAAGGGCCAGUAAUAAACGAAAAAGUCUUACAUGUCAGUUUUGAAACCUGACAAUAUCUUUGCAAAUGUUUUGUUGAAAUGCUACAGAAUUUAAAUGUUUUGUACCUGAAACCUAUUGUUUUGAAGGAACACUUAAUAAGCAGAUGAAAGUGUCAAACAUGCCGUAUAUAAGCUGAGAUCUUUACUGCAUUUACAUUGCUGUACACCUUUUUUUCUCAAUGGAAAUUGGUGGGUAACUAUCUCUUAUACUUCCUUGGUAGGGAAAUUCUUGCUGAAAGUUUUGUAAAUAUUGUUUUGAAUAAUUUCUUCUUGAGUUUACAGGUGGGAUAAAGUGCUAACAGCGAAAACUUUAAAUAUUUGGUAAAAAAUAAAUAAAUCACUGCUUUUUAUAAGUGUACAGUUCAAUGGGUUAAUAAAUGUUUUCCUUUUGUGACAGCAUACAGUAUUGUCCAGGAAGUUUGGGGAGGUUAUGAUUGCAUACAAUGAAAUCCAGAUCCAGUUUCGAGACCGAAGCAAAGCACGUAUACAGCGUCAACUAGAAAUAAGUAAGCUAUCGGCACACCUUUUAGUAAAAAAUAAAUUUAUUUAUAUAUAUAUAUAUAUAUAUAUAUGUGUGUAUAUUUAUUUAUUUGGGGGUGGGCGGGAUUAAUAGUAAAUUAACCAAUUUUUUUGUUUUAUUUAGGAUUAAAUACAAUUAAUUCCUCAGUGAUUUGUUUUGAUUAAUCCCACUUCUUGGUUUACCUUUUAUAUAUAUUUUUUUUAUUUCUAACACUAGUAUUAUGCAUAUGAAAUGGUUAUAUAAAGACACCACUGUGUGCCAAAAUGCUGCAUUCGUGUCUCAAAAAUAAAAAUAAAGAAAAUAAUCAUUGUUUAUGCUGAGCAUUACAACUGCUUGUUGGAACAUUUUGAAUCUUUCAAACAAACAUUUGCUUACAAGCACCUGCUCUUAAAUUAACGGACAACUGUCACCUAUUUUUGAACAUAAUGAUCCUUUCAUCAGGUUUUGAAAGGAACUAUAUUGUGGGUGUUUUUUUUUGUUUUUUGUUUUUAAAGAAGCACAUCCCUUUAGUAUAUGGCAGGAUCCUUCUGUCGUACGUAUUAAUCUUUGGUCAGCCAGUGUCACUCCCUGCGCAGAAGCCGAAAAGCAGAGAGAAUGUCUGUUUUCAAACACUGUCUAACUCAUGGCAUCAAGUGGUGUUCAAAGCCAAUCACAAUGCUUUCUCAUAGGAAAUCAUUGAAUUGGUUGAUGUUGUCAAGUAGCAGAGCCAGCACAAGCCAAACACAGGCAUGGCUAUGGCUAAUCAGCAUCUUCUUACAGAGAUACAUUGAAUCAAUGCAUCUCUAUGAGGAAAGUUCAGUGUCUCCAUGCAAAAGGUGGAGACACUAAAUAUCAGUUCUUCACCCUGAUUGGCACUGCCCCAGGAAGCACCUCUAGUAGACAUAUGAUAAGUGGCCUGUGCAGGUAUCCCUGUCAAUCUAAGCACCAUACACAUAAGCUCCCUUGAGACUUUACCACAUUUUCAUACCCAUGCACUAUUUUUAGUGUAGUGUGUACUCACCAGUACAGAGGGCUGUGUGGCUAAAACCUUUCCCACUGAUUUCUACACUGAAAUAAUCAGUCUGUCAUUGAAAAAAUUGGGAUCAACUCUAGACUACAGUUAUCUUUUAAUAAACUGUUUUCUUUAGUCAUAUUAGGCAUUGUGCCACAAGGUGCAUGGUUUCUAUAACUUUGCAUUUUUUAUUUAAUUGCAAGCUUGAUGUAGUUUUAACUGUGCACUUGCAAGGUUAUUGAGGGUCAAAAUAACCACUCUGAAAUCAGAACUGGCUAGAGAAUUUUCCAAAUUUAGCCAUUUUGGCAUAAAUUAACUUUUAAUUCAUUUUGAAUUCUUGGUGAAUUCUCAAUUUAGUGAAUAACCCUGUUCAAUAAAGUAUAGUUAUCUAAUUUUGUACAACAUACACCCAGCACACUCACUCAUUCACUAAUAUGCAAUUUCAAAGCUCACAGAACGCAGUAGUCUUCUAAACAAAAAACAAAAACGCCUAACCCAGAUAAAAAUGAUGGUUUAGUCAGUGUGUGAUCCUAUAUUGCAUAAGCCUGACACAAAACCAAUUUAUUUCUAAUUCUGUAGAUAUUUAAAGUGACACUAUAGUCACCAGAAAAACUACAGCUUAUUUUUUUUUUCUGGUGUGUAUAAUUAUUUCCUUCAGGCCUUUUGCGGUACACACCGUCUUUUGAGAGAAGAUGCAAUGUUUACAUUACAGCCUACGAAUAACUCAACUGGCCACUCCUCAGAUUACUACUAGAGGUGCUUCCUUGGGCAGUGGGCAGAUGAAUGCCCUGUGUUGCAUGCAGUAUAGAAUUGGUGUCAAUUUGUAGCUUAAAACAUUCGUACAUAUAAAUGUACUUUUCACUUGUAGCUGGAAAAACAACCACAGAUGAUGAACUGGAAGAGAUGUUGGAGUCUGGGAACCCUUCAAUCUUUACAUCAGAUGUAAGUAAUGAGUGGUUAUUAUACAUGCAUUCAUUAGACCUGUUUUGGAAAUAUCAUGAGUGAGCAAAGGCUUGUUUGUGUUUUAGAUCAUUUCAGAUUCCAAGAUUACAAGGCAGGCUCUGAAUGAAAUUGAAUCCCGACACAAAGACAUCAUUAAGCUAGAGUCCAGCAUUCGUGAACUGCAUGAAAUGUUUGUGGAUAUUGCAAUGUUGGUGGAAACUCAGGUAAAAAAAAUAUAUGUAUAUAUUUUUUUUAUUUAUAAACCCUUAUAUAUCUUUCCCAUUUACAUAUAUUGAAAUUAUAAUUGUUUAUCUUCUCCACUUUCAAUGUAUAGUGAUUGUAAAACAUUGCUUCUGAUUUCUAUUUUCGAUACAGUAUGCUGAAUGUAAAGAAGUACUCUUUAUAAUGUAGUAGAUGAUUUACUGCAAACCAAUUAGUUUGAAUGACUAUCUGUUCCUGUCCAAAUUAGAGAUAAUAAAGUUGCGUGCACGCAGAAGUAAAUUCACACUGAGACACAGAGUUCAGGUUAAUGAAAGAACUUCGGAGAAGUUUAAUGGCUUCUGUUUAAAAAGCAGGCUCGCAGGCCCUUUUAAAGGCAUUAUUACAUCAUUGAAGAAAAUCAAGAUAUAGACAAAUAGACAUUGUUAAUUGGCUUAGGUGCUAAGUAGUUAGUAAAAUGCCCUCCCUACGGGGUGUACCAUCUUAGGUCACUAUCCUCGUCAUGAUUGUCUCCUCCAGGUUUUAGCGCCAUUUUGUUAACAUGAGGAGCUCACUCGACGGGAGGGGCCUUUUGGCAGCUAUCCAUUUAGAGUGUAGCCUGGCACUGUUAGUUUCUCAAGGUUAGGUUUCAAGGCUUUUAGUAAAUACACAUUUUAUCAAAGCUAUCAUUGUAAGUGGGAUGCUACAGUGUUUCACACUACAGGUGCAUAAUAUUUCUUGCUGACAUGCAAAUUCUAUAUUCUAUAGACAAAGCUUUCUUGUAAAACUAUGGGGCCUCUUAGAGGUAUAGCAAGAGGAUUUAAAGGGGCCUUACAGAUUUAUAGAGGCCUAAUAAUUCUACAACAAUAUCACAUUCAUGGGUACAUUUCUAUUACUUAACAAUUGAAGCCCACAGGUGUCCUUUUCUCCUUUUGUAUUAGUGUGUCUAAUUAUUUAUCCCAUGUUUGUGUAACUACCAAUGUUAUUUUCAUAAACUUCAGCUCUCUAUAAGAGCAUUAUAUUCAACCUUUUUAAAUAAACCAUUAUAUCAUAUUUUUAAUUUGCAGUCAGUUACUAAGGGGUUAAACAGAAAGUAACCAAUUUUUCUCACCAAAAUGAUUUUACUUAAUAUCCUACUCUAGGAGUCUUACAUUUUGGAGUAGUAGGGCUAUAUCUAGGUGGGUUUGAGGUUAUCUAGAGUUAAGUGUAAAUUAACUAUAAGGGGGAUUGCAGUUAUCUAGUGUCAGAUAAGACCAUUUGUUCGGAGGUAGGCUGUCUACCUUGAUUGAGCUAAUUAGUAGGCAUGGAUGUUGAUUUAGUUCAGAGGUUGGGGAUGGAGAUUUUCCAGCUAUGAGGAAAGGUAGGAAUAGAAGAGAUUGUGGCUAGUUGGAAGUGAGACUGUAACAGGGAGCCUUCUUUCAGUACACUCUAUCAUAGGUGGUCGUUUGUUGAGCACCCUUAAAAAAAUAAAAUGUAUUUUAUGGAAUCAAUGCCAUGGAGAAUAGUAAUACAAUGUCCCAAUGCUAUUUAAACUUUUUUUUUUUCUUUCUUUUUUUUUUUUAUUUUUUUUAUUAUAUGCAACUGUGUGAUGCAUUUGCUAUGAACUAGUAGAACCAAGACCAUCUUGGUUUUGUCACAUCAUUCUAAACUGUUUAACACUUGCUAUUUGCUACUGUUUAUUUCUGCUGAUGGAAAGACAUCCAGGUAAAAAUUCUUUGUUCUCUUUCCUACAUUAUAUAUUUCAUCCACUACAAUGUGUUUUACUUUAACCUGGUUAAAUACGACAAGUUGCAUACUGGCAUAUCAUUUCUGACCCCGUUUCUUCAUAUUUUUUAAUCUGCAUUAACAAGGAUGGCAAAUUUGUUUUGGUCUCCCAUUCAAAGUAUAUUAAAAGAACACCAUUUGAAAGUUGCAUGUUAAGGGACGCAGUAAUCGGAAUUGUGUAGUAUAAUCACAAAAAGUAUUCCUUUUAAUUGCUUAACCAGCAAUGUCCAUCAGAUAUUUCCUUAAUUGGCAGCCACUUUAUAUCAAAAGCUUUUAGAGACUAUUAUUAAAGGAACAUUCUAAGCACCAUAUCCACUACAAGGUAUAGUACCAGGCUUGCAUUUAUUAACACAUUUUUGAACAGUUUGAUUUCUUACCUGUGGUCUGCUGUACCUCUUCCCUCCUCCACUGAUACUGCUAGAGAGCCGUAAGUUACUAUUCAGGACAGUUAGCUCUUCUGGGCUAAGCUGUGUCUUAGGCUGUGAAUUGGCUGUGUCUGUGGAGGAUCUUGCAGGAUUCUCCAUAGACCUCGAUGCCUUAGUACAGCAGUGACAUCGGCUCCGUAAAGGACCCGCCAGGUUUGGGGGACAGUGUUGCUUUAAGCCCUGUAUUGCAAGGCUUAGCUCAAUAGAGCCAAUGAAAGUACCUGCUUUUUGGCGCUGGUGGUAGUAGUAGUGGAAUGGCUGACACUUUGACCUUAGUGGAGGUGGGCAGUGCGACCGAUGGUAAGCUAUAAAGUCUAACCAUUCUAAAAUGGCUUGCAAUGGGUGGUAGGGGGUGUCACUCCUAAUACCAUAACCUCUAGAGUGAGCUGUGGUGGGUAGGGUGCUUGGAUUGUACCUUUAAACAGUAUGUUGUGAGGUUACAACAGAUUUGAAAACGGUAUAUCAAAAUAUGAGUUGGGGAUUUAUUCUAGCAGCUCUUAUUUUUUUUCUCCAAUUUUACAAAUCUUUUCUGAGCUCACAAUUUAGUGAAUGUACCCCUUAUUCAUUUAGCCAUAUUUCUGGUUUUGUACAUAUCCCUAAACACCAUUUCACAAAGCACACUGUAUAUUGCAAAUACACUAUUUUUGUAUUUUAAAGAGUUCUCACAAGAGCAGAUUAAAAAAACAACCAAAAAACAUUUUUUAUUUUGAAUCCCUUCACUAUCAUGACCAUUACACCCAUGGAACAUUCUAGUGUUUCAUUUAACAAACUAGCUUUCUAUAUAAUGUGUUAAACAAGCAUUCAUUUUGCCUAUUGUUUGUGCUCUCGAUCAGAUCAGGCUAUUUAGCUUGUAUUCCCUCCCCCCUUACCUAUCCUUGCAAGUAAAAUCAUUUUGUUUUGCCUUUUGAUUUGGAAAACUGUUUAUAUGAUAGUACAGUAGGUGCAUGUUCCUUUUUAUAUGUACAGUUAGCCUAUUUUGAAAAAAGUAAACUAUUGGCUGUCCGACCUUUUUUGCAAGCCAUAAAGAACUGAAUCUCCUAAGAAUCCCCAAUGAAACAGAGGGGCAUGAUGAUGUUUCUAAACCCCUACAUACUUAUUAACCCUUAAUAAGGAGCACAUGGGCUGGGUGGCAGCAUUGCAACAUGGUUGUGUGAUACAAACGUGAAUACACAAAAUUAAGCACUGCACUCAGACUCCCACUACUCCUGGGCAGCAGCAAUAAACCGUACACAUCAGCCCCAAUACAUACAAUACAAAAAAAACACUAAGUAAAAAGUUACCAGCCACUACCCCAAAUUCCAAUGAAUAUUUAAACAAAUGGAGGAUCCAGAGUUCUUACUUGCCACGGGACGGUUUCGGGUUGGCCUCCAAGGUCUUGGAACAUAGUGCUGUGGUGCGGUAGGCACGUGAUGCUACAUCCAGCACUCUAGCCACCCUGGUGGUGAGCUAAACCUGUCACUGGUAUUUGCAGUUACAGGACAUCCUGAGAAUCUUCAAAAUCAAGAAUGUGUCAGUAGAAACCCUAAGAAUCUUACAAAUCCUGCAAGAAUGAUCCUAAUAGGCCAUGAAGACUCCCAAUUCCGGUAAUUUUGGAAUUUGGAAUUUUCUUCAGGAAGGUUUUUCUUAGGGCCUCUGUUCAUCUUCGCUAAUAGAGCAAGUUUCUGCCCUUAGUUACUUCCUCACUCAAGAUUUGCCUGCCAAAUUCUAAAAUGGUUACUUCAACCCUGAUUUAAAAAAAAAAAAAAUACACUCCAUUUAUAAGUGCCCUAUUAGGUAUUACUAUUGGCCAUCCCUGUAAAAACCUACACAAAAAAAUUGAAACUUACCUUAAUGCUGCGCAGGGCAACACUACCCACACUGAUUUUUCAAGCCCCAUUGUAAUAUCACCAGAAAUUUCGCAAUUGGACUGAUUUACUGGCUCAAAGUGCGCACACUCUGGGUGGUGAGGGGAUAGUAGGUGGGAAGGAUUUCUCCCAAGAGGGAGCUCUAACAGGUUGGGAAGGGGGUGUGUGGACAGUAAUCUUCCCUUUGCAGAUGGUCUGCUUGCAACGGAAAGAUUUUUACAUCUGUUGCAAGCGCGCAGUGCGUGCUGACAAUAUGUAAAAUAUAAACAGAAUUCACCGUGGGCAGCCCUGAACCGUGUUCUGGGCUGCCUAGGUCGCAUGUGCUGGGGUUGCAACUAGCCCCCAGCAUACAAUUAACAGUAACUCCGUAUGUGCAGUGUUUCAAGCUUUGUGUAAAAGUCUUUGGAAGACUGUCCAGUUACAGUUUUGACACUCAAAGCAACAUUUUUAAUAGGCAUAACUGUAGCUGAGCAGGUGGGGCAAAUGUAGGCACAUUUGUUGGCAUCGAUAUUUGUUCCCAGGCCAUCAGUUUGCCCUAAGGUCUUGAUCAAAAACCUGAAUCAGGCAAUUAUCUUACCAACUUUCUGCCAGAAUCCUUCCUCUCCUAAGGAAUAACGUUUUCAGUCAGAACAUCAAGUGGGCUUUAACAAUCUAUUUGGCUAGGUCUCCAAAAUGGAGAAAAGCAGAUCAUCUUUUAAGGGAAAUCAAAAGGUCAACAGACUUCCAAGUUCCCUAUUGCUAGGUGGAUUACUGUCAGGAUUACUGUUUGAUCCAGCACGUAGAACUGUACAGCACGGAUGACAAAUAAGUAACGUAUUACCGGUCCUUAGAAUGGCCGGAUUUAACGUACAAAGAAUAGUCAAAAAUACUAGCCGAGGUCAGGGAACACAGAAAGGGACACAGCGAUGAGGAAAGCCAGGAGUCAGGAUACCAGAAUAUAGAGAAGUCAAUAAACAAAGCCAAAGUCAAAAACCAGGUAGAAAACUAUAAACAGGAACGCGCUCUCAGACAACCACAAGGGAAACCACGACAGGGCACUGAGCAGGCUGAGAACUGGGCCUAAAUACCCCUCCUUUAGUUCUGAUAGGCUGUAACUGGCCUUUGACCCCAAAGUCAGUUACCAGGUUUCAUUUGCAUAAUUGCUGCUCAGCAUUAACCCUUCUGUGGAUUAGGUUGCUGCUCGGCACAACUUUUCCUGUGUGGACAGUAAAUGUCAUUAACCACAUUUCUAUAAGCGGAUGAAUAUGUGACAUUACCCCCCACCUGAAGAACGCCCACCGGGCGGACAGGACCAGGCUUGAGAGGAAAUUUAGCGUGAAAAGCGCGGAUCUUAUGGCCCGCAUGCAGGUCAGGAGCCGAAACCCAAGAAUGAUCAGCAGGACCGUAACCUUUCCAAACAACCAAGUACUGUAAAAUGCCCCGAGAAAACCUAGAAUCCACGAUAGAAGAUACCUCAUACUCUUCCUGACCACCCACCACCACCGGAGGGGGAGGAACACAAGGAACAGUAUAUCUAUUGCAGACAAGAGGUUUGAGUAAGGACACAUGAAAAGUGUUGGGAAUCCCUAAAGAUGCAGGAAGAGCCAGAGAGUAAGACACUGGAUUGAUCCUACGAAGCACUCUAUAGGGACCAAGGAAUCUGGGGGCAAACUUCAUGCUAGGGACCUUAAGCUUGAUGUUGCGAGAUGACAACCAAACCCGGUCCCCCACUUGGUACACCGGGUUGGCACUCCUACGCUUAUCAGCAAAAUGUUUGAAGCGUUCAGCAGCAGCCCCUAGAGCAGUUUGAACCUUAACCCAGGUAUCCCGAAUGGAGGCCAGACGCUCAUCCAGAGCAGGAAUGGCAGUAUCAGAAAAUACCGCAGGGAGAACCGUAGGAUGCCUACCAUUAUUGACAAAAAAUGGACUGUGCCCAGAGGAGUCAUGAACAGCAUUGUUUCUAGCGAACUCGGCCCACGGGAGUAGUUCGGACCAAUUGUCUUGUGUGCUAUUAAUAAAACAACGCAAAUAAACUUCUAAUGACUGGUUAGCCCUCUCAGCUGUACCAUUGGUCUGUGGAUGGUAGGAGGAGGAGAAGGAGAGAUCAAUCCCCAAUUGUUUACUGAACGCCCUCCAGAACCUGGACACAAACUGAGAGCCCCUAUCAGACACAAUAUUGUGGGGGAUGCCAUGCAAACGGACAAUUUCACGUAUGAAAAUUAGGACCAAAUCUUGCGAAGAUGGCAACUUCUUGAGAGGAAUGAAGUGAGCCAUCUUAGAAAAUCGGUCUACAACCAUGAGAAUAGUAGUGAACCCAGCAGAGCUAGGAAGCUCAACAAUAAAGUCCAUGGAUAGGUGGGACCAUGGAAUCUCAGGAACAGGAAGAGGCUGCAACAGGCCACAAGGAAGUGCAUGAGUCACCUUAGAAACUGCACACACAGAACAUGCCUGCACAUACUCCUUUACAUCUUUCCUGAGUGAAUCCCACCAAAAUGAUCUAGUGAUCGCGGCAGUGGACUUAUUGAUGCCCGGGUGUCCAGCAGUUAUAUUGUCAUGGAACACUUUCAUGAUAUUAACCCUUUCACAUAGGGGAACGAACAGUUUAUCACACGGUUUACCACUGGGCGCCUGAGGCUGGGCCUCCAGUAUGGUGCCAAGCAGUGGAGAAGACAGUGAGAGGACAGUAGUAGCAAUAAUACACUCUGCUGGAAUAAUAGGAGAUGUCAUCUGUUCCGGAGCUGACUCAUUAUCAAAUUGCCUGGACAAGGCAUCAGCCUUGGUAUUUUUAGAACCAGGUCUAUAAGUAAUGAGAAAGUUAAAACGUGAAAGGAACAGUGACCAUCUAGCCUGUCUGGAAGACAAACGUUUGGCAUCCCCUAUAUAUGCCAGAUUUUUGUGGUCGGUUAUGAUCAACAGGGGGUCCUUGGAACCCUCCAAAAGAUGUCGCCACUCCUUGAGGGCAAGAAUAAUGGCCAACAGUUCUCUAUUGCCAAUAUCAUAGUUGCGCUCAGCAGGAGACAUCUUUCUGGAGAAGUAGCCACAAGGAUGCAAUGGUGUUCCCUGGCUUUCUCUCUGAGAGAGAACAGCCCCUACCCCUGUCUCGGAUGCAUCAACCUCCAAUAUGAAAGGUUUACUGGUGUCAGGAUGUUUUAGUAUGUCCGCAGAGGCAAAUCUUUGUUUAAGAGUCUCAAAAGCAUUCACAGCCUCUUUGGACCAUACCGUGCUACUAACCCCUUUGCGAGUCAUAUUUGUGAUUGGGGCUAUUACAGAAGAAAAUCCCUUGAUGAAUCUUCUGUAAUAGUUGGCAAAACCAAUAAACCUUUGAAUGGCUUUUAAACCAGAGGGUAAUGGCCAGUGUAGUACAGCCUCUAGUUUUUUAGGAUCCAUUUGAAAUCCCGAUGCAGAGAUGUUGUAACCCAAAAAGUGGACUUCAGGCUGGUCAAAUAUGCACUUUUCUAAUUUACAAUAAAGUUUAUUUUUCAACAACGUCUGCAGAACCUGUUUCACAUGGGAGUGGUGAGUUUGAAGAUCAGGGGAAUACACCAAAAUAUCGUCCAAAUAAACCAAGACAAAUGAGUAAAUGAAUUCCCUGAGUACAUCAUUUAUAAAGUCUUGGAAUACGGCCGGGGCGUUGCAUAACCCAAAUGGCAUUACCAGAUAUUCAUAGUGUCCACUACGGGUAUUAAAUGCCGUCUUCCACUCAUGAUUCUCUUUAAUUCUAACCAAAUUGUAAGCGCUCCUAAGGUCAAGCUUAGUAAAUACUUUAGCUCCCUGAAGUCUAUCGAACAAUUCGGAAAUGAGUGGAAUAGGGUAUGCAUUUUUUACAGUGAUUUUAUUAAGUGCCCUGUAGUCUAUGCAAGGGCGUAACUCACCACCCUUUUUCUCAACAAAAAAGAAUCCUGCACCAGCUGGUGAGGAUGACUUUCUUAUGUGCCCUUUGCUCAAGGAUUCUUUGAUGUAUUCCUCCAUUAUUUUACUCUCCUGGGGAGAUAAGGCAUAAACUGCCCCCUUAGGUGGCAUAGCGCCUGGAAACAGGUUAAUGGCACAGUCAUAUGCUCUGUGGGGAGGCAAUACAUCGGAUUGAGCCUUGUUAAACACCUCCUGAAGUUCUCGGUAUUGUAUGGGAACUCCAGGAGUUUGGGGAGUGGUAGUGGGAAGGUCAAUAGUAUCCAAUCUCUUUAGUACUGGUUUUAUACAUCUCCCCAUACACUCUUUACCCCAUUCUAAUAUCUCCCCAUUAGCCCAGUCAAUAUAGGGAUUGUGCUUACUCAGCCACGGAAACCCUAAUAUGAUAGGACAUGAUGGAGAAGUAAUAACCUGAAACGUCAUCUCCUCCCUAUGGGAGGCCCCAAUGGAGAUCGUAAUAGGGACAGUUUCGUGGGUUAUAAGCGGUUGUGUGAGUGGUCUACCAUCAAUAGCCUCUACAGCUAGCGGCGUAGGUCUCUCCCUGACCGGUAUCUCAUUACCCCUAAUAAACUGGACAUCAAUAAAAUUUCCAGCAGCACCUGAGUCCAUUAGGGCACUGCAAGAAAACUUCUUGUUAUCAAGGGAAAUAGAUACCUCAAGGAGGAAUCUACUUUUGUUUUUGUUAGAGGACAACUCCAUCACACCUAAGAUCUGUCCCCUUAAGGUUCUUAGGUGCGGAAGUUUUCCGGACGCACUGGACAAUUAGUUAUCAUAUGUCCCUUUCUACCGCAAUAUAGGCAUAACCCCUCCCUUCUCCUAUACUGUUUUUCGGCCUCUGACAGUCUAGUGACCCCCAACUGCAUAGGUUCGGGUUCGGACUGUACAGGGAGGUUAGACAAAACAGGUUUAGAGAAUUGAGGUGCUAGGGACAUAGCCGUACGUCUGGUCUUGCUUCUGGUGACUUCUCUGAGUCUUAACCUAUUAUCAAUAUGCAUGACAAACGUAAUAAAUUCGUUAAGACUCUUAGGUAAUUCUUUAGCGGCUAUCUCAUCUAGUAUAGUCUCUGAGAGACCCUUUUUGAAUGCUGAGAUUAACCCAUUGUUAGUCCAGUCUACCUCGGAAGCUAAGGUACGGAAUUCAAUAGCAUAAUCCGAGAUAGACCGGUUACCUUGUCUGAUGUGCAUUAGGGCAGUGGAGGCGUCAUCCUCUCUACCCAAUGGCUCAAACGUGAGCUUGAAUUCGGCAAGGAAUUCCUGGUAAUUAUGAGCUAUGCUCUGAUUACUCUCCCACAACUGAUUAGCCCAGGCAAGGGCCUUGCCCUUUAAUUGAUUCAUUAGAUAACCAAUUCUUGCUCUGUCCGUGGGGAAUGACCCUGGUGAGGCCUCAAAAUGGUACUCCACUUGAUUAAGAAAACCCCUGCAUUCCUGGAUAUUGCCAUCAAACUGUAGGGAUGGUGAUAAGGAGAUGCAAGGAGUCCUAUUAACAGUGGGUGGAGGUACACAGGGUAGAGGUGCUAUAGGAGGAGACGCUGCAGGCUGCAGAUGCUCCGUUCUAGCGAGAAGCGUACUUAAAGCCUGAGUGAAUUGAUCCAUGCGGUGAUCAUUCUCCUCUAAUUUCCUCUCGCAAGCAGCUAUGUGCUGACACAGUUCUACAGGAUCUAUGGCCAUGUCGUAAUGUCAGGAUUACUGUUUGAUCCAGCACGUAGAACUGUACAGCACGGAUGACAAAUAAGUAACGUAUUACCGGUCCUUAGAAUGGCCGGAUUUAACGUACAAAGAAUAGUCAAAAAUACUAGCCGAGGUCAGGGAACACAGAAAGGGACACAGCGAUGAGGAAAGCCAGGAGUCAGGAUACCAGAAUAUAGAGAAGUCAAUAAACAAAGCCAAAGUCAAAAACCAGGUAGAAAACUAUAAACAGGAACGCGCUCUCAGACAACCACAAGGGAAACCACGACAGGGCACUGAGCAGGCUGAGAACUGGGCCUAAAUACCCCUCCUUUAGUUCUGAUAGGCUGUAACUGGCCUUUGACCCCAAAGUCAGUUACCAGGUUUCAUUUGCAUAAUUGCUGCUCAACAUUAACCCUUCUGUGGAUUAGGUUGCUGCUCGGCACAACUUUUCCUGUGUGGACAGUAAAUGUCAUUAACCACAUUUCUAUAAGCGGAUGAAUAUGUGACAAUUACACACAUUUCUCAGAUUGCCUACAAUUCUCAAGGAUAUUUUUUUCUUAUUAAAUUAAAGCUCAUUCCACUAGUUAUGGCAACAGCAUGGGCAAAGAAAGCUAUGUCUACUCCAAAGGACAUCUGCAAAGCAGCUACAUGGUUCUCAUUUAAUACUUUUAACAAGCACUAGCAGCUAGACGCCUUGGCAUUAAUGGAAGCAUCCCUUGGGUGCAAGGUGUUAUAAGCAACCGUGACUUUAGUUACCCACCCUUCUUGGGCGUUCUUCCUUUCUCCGCACUGUACUUUCGCUGUACACAGGGGAAAAAUAGACAUUUUACUCACUGUUUUUCCCAUAUUAUCAGCGGCAGUACAUACACUCACCUUAUUUACAUACACUGACAUAUUUUGUCAUACUUUUGAGUUGGUUUCUUUUUUAUUUCUUUAGUUUAACUGUGAAUGCUUAGCAGUUUGUUAUUUAUGGGCUGCAAACGUGGUGGGGCAGCUAAUUGGUUACUUUUUUUGGAGGAGGCUACCUGUUCAUAUGAAAAGGAACAUUCCCCUACUGUACCGCCACUGAUACCAAGGAAAAAUAAGUUAUGAUUAGUAAAAUUUGAGUUUAUUUUUUUAAAUGUAUUUAUUUAUUUAUGUUCAAAAAGUGCAUUGGCCUGCUAAUCAUAUUCUUUGCACUGUUCUUUUAUUUUGGCCUAGGGGGAAAUGAUUAACAACAUUGAGAAGAAUGUUGAAAAUGCUGCCGAGUACAUUGAAAAUGCCAAAGAGGAGACAAAAAAAGCAGUGAAAUAUCAGAGUAAAUCCCGCAGGGUAAGUAACAUUGGUCAAAAGUUAUGUGCCAAAUACAUAACAUCAGAUUGAGAUAGUUUUAAUGACAAAUUACAAGAGCCACACUUGAUAGUUGCUGUGUAGUGGGAUGGUGAGCAAGAUUUGUACAGAUAAUUCUAAAGGGUAAUUGCCCCACUUGUAAAAUAUGGGCCCAGGGAUAGCCCUAUGUUUCUUUGUUUAUGUGUUUGAAAACAACCCGCCCACUGCAAAAUACUUACCUGUUAUUAAAUUGCACAGGAGAGCGCAACCGUGAUAAAUUUAAAUUCCUUAAAUUAAUGAUGUGAUUCAGCGGCUAUACACAAAAUAAAGUUCCUUAAAAUCUUUACCUAAAUAAUAUUCAUAAAAUGAGUGUCAGCGCUAUAUAUGAUAGCCUUACAAUAGGCAAUCAUUGUAAAUGUGAAAACAAACAAUUUAUAACUGUGAAUUAGUAGUAUAUAUAUCAAACUUUAUAUAUCACAAUAAGUUUGAUUUAUGCACAGAAAAAAAAUAUAUAAAACGUGCUUAAGAGUCCAAAAGUUCUGGGUAAAAGUCUUUAAAGGGUUAAUCUUGUCCUGCAGCAGAGAUGUAGCAUCUGUGGAUACACUGUAUCUCAAUGUAGAUUGCACCUUAAAAGGCUACACAAAAAGCUUUCCAUAGUAUAAUACUGCUUUUAUUUGUGUAAAAAGAUUCCCUUACCACCAAAUAAAAAUACUUACAUCAGCAAGUGGUGGUACUCGUGUCCAAGAUACCACAUACAAAUUUAAAAGAAUCAGAGGCUUGACAGCCGUUUACCAUCCACUGGUCCCUGCAGUGCAAGCUCCCGCCUGAUCUCAGCGCUGAUAAAGCAGAGUGUUUCGUGCAAACUGGAGACCUUAGUGUGGAAUCGAUGUGAAUCAGGCUGUAAUAAUCAGACCUCUGUUCAUGAAUGUCGGUCGCACUUCAUCAUGUUUCGCCCGCUGUACCGGGCUUUUUCAAGCUUAUUGUAAGGCUAUCAUAUAUAGCACUUACCUGUUAUUACCCAUGUGAAAAUUAUGGGCUUUCUGCCCAAGAGUUCGCUAUCAGCCGGCUUGCAUAGCUGCACUGGAAAUAGAACUGAGAUGGAGCAUUGCAAAAUCUCCCCCACUGUUAUCUGAUUUCCAGCAAAUAAUACAUAUUCGUUCAGAUGACUUCAUUAUAACUCUGACUUGCUCGCUAUCCCCUUUGUGUGCCCUGGCCAGUCAUAAUGUGAAGGGUCUCCUUCCAGUGACGAAUGAGUCAGGAGAGCCAGAGUAAGACUCUGACUCCUUUUUACACUAACCAAGACCAGGGAACCAGGCAGCAUAGUAUCCCUUCUCUCCUGCAUGGCCUAUGGUUUAUAUGCUGCCAAUGAAGGAAUGUCAAUGUGUAUGGUUUAGAAUAUGUGUGUGUUUUGGGCAUCAGUAUGUCUAUGGGAGGGGGAGAUGGUGCAGAGUCUUUCUUAUGAUGGUCGGGUGAGAGUAUGUGUAUGUGUGGGUGGUUGGGUUUGUCUGUGACACAUAAGGCUGCUGACCCCUGCUUUAAUGACUCACUCCAGUGUUAAAAAUAAAUACAUUGGUUUAUAACAUUGGAGUGUUGUAGAGUUUAGUGUUUUCUUCAUUUCCUGCAAAAAAAUAAAUAAAUUAUAAAAUAUAAAUGUAUGUUUAAAGAAUUCAUUUAUUUCCAAUCCUGCAGUAAAAAGGUUCCUCCCUCCAUGAGAUCAUCUCUAGUGAUAUCUCCUGGCCAAUCAAAUGCUACACUGUAAAAUACAUUGCAUUCUGCUUUGUGUUAUGGGACCGAGCUGUAGUGGAGCUACCUGUACCCGGUUGGGUACCUCCGCCAAGGAUCGCUUCCUAGCUGGAACCAGAGAAACCUCAGCGCUUCUGCCCCAGUCGCUGUGUCUUGACUGGGGUUCUCCUGGAGCCUCUCUGUCCUGGAACAGGAUAGAGAACUAGCUCUAUUUCCUCCCAGGGACUGGAUGACAUACCUUCCUGGGAGAUAUAGUCCUUAUAAGGAUUUUCCCCGCUGAAUCCUCCACGAGCUGGAAUAAGAUCGGGGAAGUGAAUAGCUCUUUACCCUCCCAACACAUAGCUCUGGAAGUACAACUGAUUUUAAUGAGCCAAACUCUUUUAUGCACAGACCCCAGCAGGAGGUCUGCAUACAACACAAUACAAGCCCCUCCGUAGAGUCUCUGUGCCUGGGAAGUAAUGAAGUUAAACAUCGGUAAGUUAAUUAUCUCCCAGAUUCAGAGAACCAAAUGUAAAAACCUAAAAGUACUCCAAAACAUACAGUAACCCUACAUGUCCUAUAUUCCCAGCCCUGAUCUGACACCCAGGUUGUCCAAAUAGCGCUCCGAUCCAUGCACCGGGGUAACGUUUUGACCGGCCGCACACGUGAAUAGUUCCAGAGCAAUGUGUGCUUUGGCCGGUCAACUUUUGGGAGCUCCGGCGGACAAAAUACAGGUGCUCCACCUGAGUUUCAGGGAGCGUUUGUUCCUCUUAGUCUCAGGCACCUUACCGAAACCAUUUUGCAGCUAAAUACCACGGAGGACUGUUUGUGGGUAAGUUUGCACGAAAAAUCCAAGGUGACCGGGAAGUCCUCAUGCCAAAAAUAGUUCCAUAGCAGUGGAGGCUAACUACCACAGAGGACUGUUCGUGCGUUUGUUCAUGCGUACGGCCGACAGGAGCUAGUGCUCGGUUCAGUUCGUUAGAAGGAAAAGUGCCGAACCAGGGGCACCGAAGGAAAGCUGCUAAGGGUGGCUGGGCUGGUUAACUUCCGAACGGCGUCCCAGACCAUAGUCGGUGGGCAGGAGGCCAGCUUCCACACUCUUCCAGGAGUUCGUGGGAAACGUCAAUGGGAAGGAGCGUGUGUCACACAAGUCAUGGAGGAUAGCACCACCUGACUUACUGACUGACAGAAGGUUGCAACUAUAAAAGGCAAUUUAUAAAGGCAAUCUCCCAGUGUCUUUUAAAUGUAUGGUCCAAGUCUUUCAUUCUCUGGACUCACUUAUGCAUACUUGCAUGAGUGGGUUAAAAAACCCCUUCUGUCACUUACCAGAGUCCAGCUCAGAUGUGCCUCGGUGCUGGGUCAGGCACUGCCUUACUUCUCCCCCACAGACAUCAGUCGGCAUGGGAGACCUAAUGUGCAUACAUGGCAAUGGCCGUGCUUGCAUUAGAAACUCCAUGCUUUUCUAUGGGGUUUCACAUGACGCUGGAUGUCCUCAUGCUUAGCGGUCAAUUAGGCAACAAAAAGUUGCCUAUCGACCCGGAAGUCCCUCUAGUGGCUAUAGGUGGAGUUAACCCUCCAAAGUAAUUAUUGCAGUUUAUUAAACUGCAGUAAUUAUCUUUGCAGGCUGCAGGGACCUGGGACUAUGUACCCAAACCACUUCAAUUAACUGAAAUCAUCUGGGUGUCUAUAGUGUCCCGUUAAGCAUAUCAGGGUUUUUUUUCGGCGGGGGGGGUGGGGGGGUUCAGGUAUGUUUAUUUGUGUUAUGCACCCAAACAGUUUAACUUUUCAUCUACCUUGUGGCAAGGUAUUGUAUAUUUUAUACAAUGCAUAUACAAACAUGCAUAUAUAAAGUGUGUGUGUGUUUUACACUAUGUCUUUGCUCAUUACCUUAAGUUUUCCCUCGUGGAUUUAUUUGCAACUAAUGUAAUUGUGCUAAUUAUGUUAUUAAUCCCAUUCAUGAAUAACCCCUCUGAAUGACGCUUGUCUGGAAAAAUCAGCAUUUUCCGUAUGGGAAGAAAAUGUUUGAACUUAUCAGAAAUCUGGCGUGUGUUAUUUGGUAUUGUCUCAUAAUUUCAACCGUUUCUAUUUAACCAAACAAAAUCCUCAUCUAUUCGCUCAUCCGCAUUCUGCCUACAUAUAUUUACAUUUUAUUCUUAUACCUUACCAAGAACAUUAGAAAAUGCCUCCUAUUGCCACUCAAGCAUAGUGAUGUCUUACCUUUUGGCACUAUUAUCAUUGUGGAUUACCAGGCAAAGUCUAGGCAUUCCUCUUGCUAUUGGUAUGUCAUUAUGAAAGGCUUUAUAAAAUAGUUUGAACUGCAGGUUCAGAUGAAAUACAGUUCCUAUAAUUCUCUGCUGUCAAAGCAUCGAGAGAGAGAGAGUUGGGAAUUGUAAUCCAACAGUGUCAAGUGGACAGCAGUUUGGACCUCUGCAACAGAGUGACUUGAGAGCAGAAUAAUUAUAAGAAAGCUUCUUUUAUACUGUCUGGUUUCUAUAUUCGUAAAUGCUAAUGAAUGCAUGUGCUCUGUAAACUUGUAAAUAGUCAGACCAAAAUUCUAAAAUGUAGAAGACUUGUGAUCAUUUGAAUUCUUUAUUUUCCCAUUAUCUGUACCUCUGCAUGAUUUGUCACUUAAUUGCUUUUUCAGCAUACUAAUUGUGUUGAGUGUUGCAUGCCUUGCGUUUUUCUGUUAUCAACAGAUCAAGAGCUUCUCCUUCUAGCUUGCGAUAUCUGCUCACAGACAACAGUAAGAUUUCCCCCUGCCCCGUGUAAUGAUUUAUUCAAAUCUACUUAUCCAUAAACUUUAAUUAUGGUAAAGCAGCAGAAGUGAACAGGUUGCUUCUUAGACUGCAAAUUAAAUAUAAGCAUAUCUGUCACUUCCCUAUUGUCUGUAUUUAACCACUUACCAAACGUAAAGAUCAUUGCAUGACUGUUUUUACAAAACAUGUGUUGUAACUCUCUUUCUUUGACAGAAAUAUUGGAUAGCUGCCCUUUUUAUACUGCUGCUGAUUGGUGUAAUUGCCUUGAUUGUUGGCUUAUCAAUUGGCCUUACAUGAAGGUCGAAUUAUUUCUACUACACCUGUACCGCUGCCAGUCUUGGCAGUAAGUCGCUAAUCCAUUGAUUUAAUUUUCUUUUACUGUAAGAGAACCUUAACCUAUAGUAUAUGAAGAGGGGAUAGUUGUAAUAUAUCAAUGUUAUUGUCAAUUUGCUAUAUUUAAAGGUGGCUCUCUAAGCACCCUAACCUCCACUGUGCGCUGAAAGUGUUAUGAUGGCAGGAGCCCCCUGGAAUCAUCCCACCUUAGGGCAUCACUCAAAACUUAUCAAACUAUUUGACACUUACAUUGGUCUCCUGGACAUCUCUUAUCGUCUAAAGAUGGCAUUUUCAUUGCUCUUUAGCAAUAUUAAUUUUAGACCAACUUUGGACAUGAUUUAUGGGCUUAACGUUUGAGAUGACACACUGACAAUGAAUUCUGUUAGGGACAAAAUUUAUAUUGCC